GUACACCAUCAAUGGGAGCCGGCUGGGAGGGGGGAAGAUGGCCACUCUGGCCAGGCUGCAAGAGAGGCUGCCGCUCUUCAAGGGGGAGUAUUACUCUAGGAACAGGUAAAGCUUCCUCUCGCCCUCACGCUCGCGCCGCACUCGCCAGCCUCUCUGAGGAGCCGAAGUUGCCCCCGGAGCAGCCACUCCCACCCCCCCUGGAAAGUUCCCAGGUUUGCUGCUGGGGGGGGGGGAAGGGGGGGAAAGAGAUAAAUUCUUCUUUUGUUUUGGCCUCGGAGCAGCAGCAGGAGCUGCCCUUUCCCUCCCUUCCUCCGCCCCCAGUAGGAUAAAAUCUACAGGUGAACAAGUUGCUGACAAUGCGCAAAAAAAUCGAAAGGGGAGACCUCCCCCCCCCCCCCGACACUUCAUUUCUGGGAGGGGGAGCAGGGGCAUUGGGGUGGGCAAAAGAAAAGUGAGGGGUUUGAUUUGCUGCUGCACCUUUAGCAACUGCUUAGAUUAAGAUUUUGGGAGGGGCAGUUCAGGCUUGUUGAAAUCUCUCCCUAUUAAAGGUGUGGGAGACCUAUCCACGUGGCACCUGGCCAUCCAAACUAGCAUGGUAAAAAAGGGUAAAGGUAAAGGACUCCUGGAUGGUUAAGUCCAGUCAAGGGGGCUCACACCACUGCCCUGUCACUAGUGGAAUACUCUUACAGUGCUUCCCUUUGCUUGCGAGGCUUCCUGGUCCUAGAAAGAUGCCAAGUUAUGGUUUGAAGGUAACAAGUGGCCAUCUUGGCAAAACUAAGCUGAUCUAGGGCUGGUCAGUGCCUCCAGUGAGCGACUUCCUUGGAACCACAUCUAUGUUGUGCCUUGAUUUCAAUGAUGGGAGAAAGGUGGGAUAUAAAUGUUUAAAAAACGAAUAAAUAAAUAAAAUGUCCCCCCUACCCAGGAUAUCGAGAGGCAUGGGAUUCUCUCAAAGAAAUAGAAUACAGUGGUAUCGCGGGUUACAUAUGCUUCAGGUUACAUACGCUUCAGGUUACAGACUCCGCUAACCCAGAAAUAGUACUUCGGGUUAAGAACUUUGCUUCAGGAUGAAAACAGAAAUUGUGCUCCGGUGGCGCGGCGGCAGUGGGAGGCCCCAUUAGCUAAAGUGGUGCUUCAGGUUAAGAACAGUUUCAGGUUAAGAAUGGACCUCCGGAAUGAAUUAAGUUCUUAACCUGAGGUACCACUGUAAAUAGACAAACAAGCCCCAGGUAGACCUGGCAUCUCAGAAACUUGUAUUCAGGACUACCCUUGGGUUGAUUAUGAGUUGUAGAUGUGGCAUCCAGACAUCCUUCCACUCACCACUGAAACUCUCUGUUUGUUCCCACACUCUCUUCUUUCCCUCUUAAUUAAUUGCACUACUACUACAGUCAACUUCAGAGUCUACCACCCCACUGCAUUUCCCUCAAAAACAAAACAAAACCCAAAGCAAUCCACCAGGUUGAUAACUUUCCUAGGUUGUCAUAUACUAUUCAAACUCUUUCCUUUUCCGGCAAAAAAAGUUAUAGCUACACUGGGCUACUUUGCAUGGCUAACAUAACACACACACACACACACACACACACAGUCCCACCCACCCUAUCUUGUCCAAUAUGGAUUCAAUAAUGAUUGGCAUUAGAGUAAUUUUAAAAAUAAUUAUGAUCCAGGGAAUAACCCCACCCCAAUUCCUGUCUUUUCUGCUUUUUUUGUUUUUGAGUUCACAUAAUAUACCAUAAUUACAGCUACGCUAACAUUGUUUUCUGUGAGGCAGCAAUCAUUUCUCCAUCAGGAAAGACUGCAAGGAUGUUGGACACCACUCUUUGUUUACUGCCUAUCAGUUAUAAGACAAAAUUGUUUUACUAGGUUUAAUAAAAGAAUGUGAUCUUACUCAGAGAAUAUAUUGUUUGUUUAUUCUGUUCUUGAAUCAUAAUAUUUGUUUAUUUAUAUGUCACUUAAUUGUAUGGCUGACCAAAAUGCAAAUUGUGAAAAACCAUUUCUUGUGUUUUCAGAUGUGUAGAUGAAUAUAGAAAAAGAGAAUAUUAUGCUGCUGUAAAAAUUCAGAGUUGGUUUCGAGGAUGCAAAGUUCGAGCGUAUAUCCGGUAAUUUGAUUUGCAUCCAAAUUGUAGACAUGCAUGCUUGGAAGUCACCCCCACUGAUAUCAUAAGCCUUUAUUUAUUGGCAAAAUGAUUUUAGGUUACACCCUUAAUCUGUAUGUUAUUUACCACUUUGCCAAGUCUCUCUGAAGUUAAGAACUUGCUUUGCAUAUCGAACCCCCUUAUUUUUCAAAUGAAAAAAAUCAAUAGCUUUCGGCUAUUUUGAAAUUUUCUUCUUAUUUUCUUGUUUAUUUUAUUUAAAAUUGCUAGGCUAAAUAAGCAGGAGGAAAUAAUUUAAAUCCCUUUAGUCAUUUAUUUAUGAAUGUCAGUCAUGUGACAUUCACUUGACAAGAUGUCUCUGAAAAGUACUCAGUUUGAAGAGAUAAGUUUUUAAAACCUGGCUUCUCUAGACUUUUGCAAAGUAUCUAAAUUAACAAAAGACUGCACAUAUAGUUCAGUUGGUAGAGACUCUUAAUCUCAGAGUCAUGAGUUCAGCCCUCACAUUGGGCAAAAGAUUCCUGCAUUGCCGGAGUUGGACUAGUUGACCCUUGUGAUCCCAUCCAACUCUACAAUUCUGUGAUCAUAUCUGUUGUAUCUGUGGGAUGCAGUGUGGAGCUCGUGGUAAUACCAGACUGCAUCCUGGAAAUGUCCCCUUUACUUAAAAAUCUAUUGCUGAAUCUGGCAGCUGCAGUUUCUCCUGCCUGCUUUUCUUCUCUAAUCUGCUCCUCCCUGUUUGUUGUGACGACAUACUUCUCAUUAUAGCAGGCUGGGUGAAGAUGGCAGAAACAGCUUGUAAGAGAUGGUAGAAACCACCAUCUCCAAAUGCAGCUGCAGACUUUAAAGCUAAGAAGUUUUCCAGGUUACAACCUGGCAAUCACUAAUAGUUGGGGCUUCGUGUAGAGAAGCAUGUGGGUUUGCCACCUCUGGUGUGUCUUAUAGAGCGAAAAAUACGGUAUUAAGUCAAAAACAACCACUGGGGCAGUGCUUUCCACUGUCAUCCAUCCCCACCCCCUUCUCCUCCUGCAUGCCAGCUUCAGACAAACCAAAGCUUACCAUUAUGUCUGGAACAGGAAACUGUGGCUUAAUGUGGCUGUUAACCAAGAUCUGAAAACAGACCAAGCAGUUCUUUGUUUUGGAUGUAAUAGGAUCUGGUGCAGAAGCUGGUGUACAAGUGGAAGAAGGAUGGAGAGGAACAAAGAGGAAGAGUGUGGGCCCAUCACUUGCUCCCACUUGGAUAAACUAUGGUUUAUUAAGCCAACAAUGUUAUGUCCAAACCAGCCUAGUGAAACUUGAUAUUAUUCUUCUGAGGCUCAAAGUUCAGACAAGCCUAAAGUGGAAAGCAGCCAGAGAUGAUUAUAUUUUUGCCAGCUUAUCUUAUCCUUGUCAGAAGCUGACACUGACUUAAAACUGUUAACUCUUCGCAUCCUCUUCCCUAUUCCUUUUGUGGCUCUAUAAGAAGUUACAUUGGAAAGGGUCCAUGAUUCAGGCAAGACUUUAGUGCUUUUAAUCCCAGAUUGAUACCAGUAUUCCAGAAAUUUGGAUGAAACCUUCAGUAUUUAAGCUGCCACCUCAGAUUUAGGAUGCAUAUUGCUAUAAAAAGUCUCCAAAUUUUAAUUGUCAAGCUCGACUGCUACAUGCACUGGGUUUUUAAAAAUGGUUCAACUUUUCACUAUUUCCAGGGGAAAAAAAUCUUACCAAGGUAUUUUGUUUCAGGUAUCUGAACAAAAUGAUGGUUUUUAUUCAGAAAUGGUGGCGGGGUUAUCAAGGAAGACAAAAAUUCAGAGAAAUGGUGGAGGUAAAAACUAAAUUCGUAAUUAAAAAUUACUGUAAGCUUUCCAUAAGACUGUACGGAAAUACAAAGUAGGUGAAAUCUCUUCAGUUUGGCCAAGUACUUGCUAGCUUUUAAAUUCACAUGCUGUUGAUCAGGUAUAAAUGUUUCAGGAUUAAAGAGGGGGAAAUAAAUUACUGGUAGGUCUUGUUAACUUUUCUAGGCUGGUUGUAGACUCACAGGUUCUGUUGCUCUUAGAAAAAAAGAAUACAGUAUUAAAGAUCUGAAUUCAAGGGAAGAAUGAGAGGGAAUAUCCUUGGCUUCAUUGGCUUUAUCUCUUCCCGAUGGGGCUGCAUUCCUACUAAAGUUGGCAUGGGGAACCUCUGAUUUGCAAGCCAGAUUAGGCCUGCCAAGGGGCCUAAUUUGACUUGCAAGGACAUUUCCCCACAACUGGCCACCUGCCCCACAUCUGAGACAUCAAGUGUGGGGCAGAUAAAGCCACAGUUACGAAGGGACAACUGGGAGCCUUGGUGCGCACCCACCUUUCCAGUUGUUCCUAUGCAAGCAGAGCUUGCAUUCAGUGCCUUUUAAAUUUGGUCCUUAACACAAGCCUCAUUGAGAGUUGUCCCACUCAGGAGUUCUCAAAAGGAGAGUGAAUCCUACCCGCAACCUAAUAAGCUGUUCCAAGGCUUUAAAACAACAGAUUUUCAGUUUUUGGGUUUUUAAAAACCUCUCCCUUCCCUGUGAUAAUUUUUUGCUAUAUUAGAAAGGAAGUAAUAUAAUAUUAAAGCCAGCAUUUUAAGACCUCCUUUAAUUAAAUGAAAGGAAUUAUGCCUGGCCUAAUGUAAUGAAGAAAGCGAAUUUUAAAAUGAAGUAGCAUCAUUGUGUUCAUUUGUAAAUAACAUAUUGCAGCCAACUGUUUCUUAAUUGCCCAGACUGUUGAUAAAUAAUCCAGUCCUGCUGCUCUCCACAGACAAUUUGCUUUGGAUCAGACUAGGCAAUUCAAAUAACACUAAUUACAGUGAAACCCUUUUACGGUGAAUUCUUCUUUGCCAGGGAGGGUGAGGGGAGUAGUGAAAGAAAAGGAAACCACAUAUCACUUUUCCCUCUGAUUUGUAGUCCCCCUCCCCUCCAAGUCUGCAACUUAUGCUGAAUAAAGGACAUCUUCUGCCUUGAAAGUACUUAUUUUACUUUUUAUGAUGCAGUUGUGAAUUAUGUUCAUUUUGCAUUUGUAAUUAGAGGGCGGAACAGAUGUGAAAGCUUAGUGUAAAGUGAUGUAUCCAUUAAAAUAACCUAUCCUGCCAAGUGAGUGUUUGCUAUAACAGGGGAUUCUUUCACUCAGAGUGGGAUUCGCCUUUAUUGGAAGGGAACCAGGAAAUGUUUUCUAUAUCAAGGGAUUCACUGUAACAUGUUAUCAUUGUAUUUAUGAUUUUAUGAUGUUGGAAUGAAUAUUAAAUGAAACAAAAUUCCCAAGAAUUACUCAGGAGGCAACUAAGUACAUAACAUUUAGUACAGAUGGUUGGAAGGCACAAUUUUGCUCCAUCACUGCAUCCAUAUCCUUGAACGAUUUCGACUGAAGACAGCAUUUCUUUGAAUUUUUCAUUAAACCAGACGUCUUGAAAUAUGAAUUCCUUUUAUGUUUCUGUGAGUUUUGGUUAAAAGAACCCCAGUGAAUAAAUCAUACAAUACUACGUGUCACCAGCACUUGUGAAUAUUUCUGCUUUGUUAUUCUACUCUCAGUAGAGCACCAUUGAUUAUCAAACUCAGCGGAGAGCAUUUUAUGAUCAUAUAUCUCCAUUAGCUGCUAGUUUGACUACCAUAGAUUUUUCUGGUUAAGCCUGCAUUAUGUAUUAGGAAGCCUAUCUCUUCAAUACAAAGUUUGAUUUUAUUCUCUCUAAGCCUAGAACUCUUAUUAUGUAUUAUGUAUAAAGAUUCUUAUCUUUUAUAUGUAAAAAUAGGAGUACUGUCUUUGUGUAACUGAAAUGUAUGCCAUCUUUCCCCCCACCCCUCCUUGAUUCACAGACAGCAUAUUUUAUUAUGAAGAUGAAUUUCUACAAUGAAAUGGCUGUCAGGGUAAAUAUUUCUUCACUUGUUAAACAAAUGAAAAGUCAAUUGUGCUCUGAAUUUGCUUUUAAUAAAAUGAGCAACCCAGAAUAAUAUACACUUGAUUGAUAUGCUGAUGGUAAAGUGAGGAAAUGGUACAUAGUUACAAAUUUAAAGUUACACUAAGUAAUCUAAGUUGCAUUUUUGAAAAUUUCUGUUUGAUUUAAGAUAUUGAUGUGUGAAUUCUUCUCUAUUCCAAAUGUUGGGGCCCUUUGUCAUAGCUAUUUAAAUAUUAUAUUAUUCAUUUAUAUAUGUGUACACCCACCCACCAAUUUUAUUCUAUGAUGGACUCAAAGCAGCUUACACAGAUUUCACUGGUAACCUCCCAUUCAGACACUGAUCAGACCCAGACCUACUUACCUUCAGCUUACCUUGCUGUAUCAUGUGACUCAGACCAGAAGUGAAACCUGUUUAAUUUCGGACCUAGUUGUGCUAGGAUCAUCCAUGGUAAUGGUUGAUGCAUGUAUAGUUUUCAGUUGUGCAAUGUAUGGUGUAGUGUUUAAGAGCGCUAGACUCGUAAUCUGGUGAACCGGGUUCGCAUCUCCGCUCCUCCACAUGCAGCUGCUGGGUGACCUUGGGCUAGUCACACUUCUCUGAAGUCUCUCAGCCUCACUCACCUCACAGAGUGUUUGUUGUGGGGGAGGAAGGGAAAGGAGAAUUUUAGCCGCUUUGAGACUCCUUCGGGUAGUGAUAAAGCGGGAUAUCAAAUCCAAAUUACUCCUCCUCCUCCUCCUCCUCCACCACUUCUUCUUCUUCUUCUUCUUCUUCCAGCAGCAGCUUGGGUGUAUGUGCAUUGUCCUUACAAGAUUUAAAUAAUCUGUGGUUGUGGUUGUUUUUUUUUAAAUUGAAUAAUAUCAUUGGAUAUCACACUGAUCAUUGUUCAAGAGGUGGGAACGGAGAACAGGUGCAGCCCCCCCCAAACCCCGAUCAGUGCUAUUUCUGAGGAAGCGCAUGUGCAGCCCUGCAUUGUUGUGUUGAAGCCUUUGCUAUCUAUGAUUGAGUGCAUUUUCUCCACCUUUCCUCUUAGGGCGGUCUACAUGAUUCUUUUCAUUCCCCCUUUAUCUUCACAACAGUCCUAUGAGGUAGGUUAGAUUAAGUGAGAAUGACUGAUUCAGAGUCAUGACUGGAUUUGAACCCAUGUCUCUCUAGUAGAACACCACAACCACCCUGGCCCUGACCACGCGGAAGUACACACAUGCACUCAGUCCCUCUUUUGCAGGUAUUCUUCCUGUAUUUCACAUGCACACCUUCUGUCAGCCUCAGCUUACUUGUGCAGAGUACUAAGGAUGAAAAUCAGAGUGUGACUUCUUCUUCUGCCCAUCUCUUAGAAACCACAUAUCUGGAUUACCUGAGAUGACAUUCUGGGUAAUCUAGAUCAGUGACAUAUAGAGACUCUGUAGGAAGCCUAGUGUCAAGCUAAGGGGUGUGGGAUACCUAGGUCUCAACAUUCCAGACUCUGAAAUCCAUAGGAUUGGAUCUAAAGUUGCAUGGAGUGGAACUCCGCAAACUGGAUGCUGUCACCGGCAGAAGAGGCUAGGCAAUUUUUGCCGAUUCCCCAUACCCCCGUGGUCGAAAUAUGUUUCAGGGAGUUGAGAGACCCUCUGGAGCAGAAUAGGAGAUGGCACUGGAGGUUGCAGAAGGGAGAGGAGAUCUGUAGAAAUUGCCUUCCCUCCUUCCUGAUGUGGCAACAUCCCGUUUGCUGAAAGGAAGCCUCUUCUGCAUUUGACUCCUACAAACGGGAGGCACUCUUCCGUUUUCAUAACAGCGUAUCUUGAUCCAACCCUUAAUCCUCCCAAUUUUAAUGCAUUUAGCAAUGUUUCUUUUAAGUGAGAUUGUGCUUGGUGUUCAGCAGAGGAGGUCCCACCAUAAUUGUCGUGAUGCUUGCGUUUAUAUCACCAUAAACCCUGUAAAAUCAUUGGCAUAAAUAUUGGCAUAAAACUGGAGCAUAAUACCUGAAAAUUAAUCUGCUGGUGUAAAGACAGGAAAUAAAAAGUUGUACGCUGUAUACAGCCUAUCAGUGUUUUCCUUUUCUUUAUGCAGUCCCAUGCUGCUAAAUUGCUGAAACUUGCCCAUAGGCUAAUGCCUUCAGGUGAAAAGGGAGAGAAAAAAUGCUGUGUGUGUGUUAAGUAAAAAAUAAAAAAUAAAAGCCUUGGGUAGCCUGAUACGGCUUCAUUGUACCAGUGCAGCAUAUCUUCCGUUUUGAAAAACAGUUUUAAAAUUAGAUUCGGACAGAAAGGCAAAACACCUGGUUGGUGUAAUGGCUUUUGUGUCACUGUGCAUUCUUUAAAGCUGUCCCUUAAUUAUAUCUAACCCACUACUGUCAAACUCUCACCUUUAGAACAAGAAAAAGCACAAAGAAAGCAAUUAUUAUAAUGCAUAAUUUUCCAUGAAUCAGAUUUACUUUUAGUAUAGUGGGUUGUUAUAUAUUCAUCCUUUUCAUUUGGAAGAUUUAAGGGUUGCUGUGAAUUUUCAACAACAAAAGUAAUCCAUGUUUUUUAAAGGAACAAUCUUUGUGUGAGCAGAUGGCUUUUGAUAUAUCAAGGUUUUGCCAUUUGUUUUAGUGCUUAAAAUAAACAUUAUUUAUAAGACCACUUACAUUUUGAUGUUACUUAAUGAGGAAUAUGCAUCAUUGAUUUGACUAGCUUAAGAGGUCAUUUAGAACUUGCCCGUUAACAAGCUGUAAUCUGCUGAGCACACAAUGACUUUGUUUAAAAUUAUCUGUUUGGUACUGAUCAAUGACAAUAAUUGUUUGGUACCAAUCACCAUUGAAACUUGCUAAUUACUUUGAAGGGCAUACACACUCGCCUUUUGUAGGAGUGUGUAAAUAUUCACCUUGGAAUUGUAAGAUACGGUAGUGGAAGUAUUACAUUUUCUAACCCAUUCAGCAAAGUCAGGUAGGUAGUUGUGUGUCUUGCACUAUGUUGGGAAACACCAGAAAAAAGCUCUGGCAUAUGGAGAGACUAAAAUGGCUAGGACUCUUCAGCUCAGACAAUAGAUAAUAGGGAAUGUAGAGUAUAUAAAACUAUGACUGUACUGGAAAAGCUAUUAAUGACAAUGUGUGUGCCAUUUGGGAUAGUACUAGUACUGGAAAACAUCCAAUGAGAUGUAAGGAUUAAAAAUGUGUAGGGUGUUGCAUACACAGGUGUCUCAAAAGAUGCAUGCUGUCCGCUUUAGAUUUAAACAACAGUUGACCCAUAAAGCUAAAUGUGGUUUGUGAGUCUUGUACUGUAUAGCAUUCCAUAAGGUAUUCAGUUAACCUCCGGGGUUUGCUGCUGGCCUGGGACUGCCAGAACAGAGGGUUUGUAAAGCACUUCUCCUGACACAACACAGGGCUGCAUCCAGCUUUGUGGAUCACUAUUUGUUCAGGCCUGCUCUAUGUCCUGUUCAAGACUUAGACCUGAAAGGGAGGACCAAUUAAGUCUUAUCUGACACCACUAAAUGACUUUACUCCGAAUGUCAGCCACUUCUUUCUUGGCCUACCACCCAGUUUGGAGUUAGCCUUCUGGAAUACUUUUAGAACCUCCUAGAAUGCUUCAGAGUUUACUUUGAUACAUCCAACCCACUGCUGUGCUCUGCAAAGUUUUUCACCCCUCCUCUAUAUAGUUUAUGUUUAAGAGUGCCAGUCACAACACACUGAUUUUACUUCAGGUGGAUUGCCAAAAAAUAAAUAAAUAGAAAGCGGGCGGGAGACAGUUUCUUACCAGGCUUUGGAGGCCAUUGCAAGAUUUUGCAGGGCUGUCUGAGAUCUCAUGGGAGCCUCCAGAGCCCUCACACGACCAACCUAGCGCUGAAGAGAAGAGUGGAGGGCUUAAAAGCUCUUUCCACAAAGUGUUUUCCCACCCUGGAAAGUGCUUUUAAGCCCUCUGCCUUGCUUACUGGGCUCUGGGAAGGCCCUACACAGGCUCUGGAACUCUUUGCAAGACCUCAGGCGAUAAAAGAGUCUAGACAAAUUUAUGGAUGAUACGCCAUCAGUGGCUAGGAGUCCUGAUGGCUGUGUACUACCUCCAGUAUUAGAGUCAGUGUGCCUCUGAAUACCUGAUGCUGGGCAACUGAGUGGAAGAUGUCUGUUGCCCUCAUGUUUUGCUCGUGGGCUUCUCUUUGGCUGGCCAUUGUGGAAACAGUAUGCUGGACGAAAUAGAUCUUUUGUUUGAUCCUUCAGAGCUUUCUUUUGAAAUAGCCACAGCUUAUCUUUCCUGCAUUGCCCCAUCCCACCUGGCAGGAAAGUUUAACCCUCUGGAAAGUUUAACCCCCCUUCCUUGUGAAUAUGGCUCAGCAAUCACUUCCCUUGGCAUUCAGAAUCAUGUGUGGGUCCCGCUGUGGGUUAAACCACAGAGCCUAGGACUUGCUGAUCAGAAGAUCGGCGGUUUGAAUCCCUAAGACGGGGUGAGCUCCCGUUGCUCGGUCCCAGCUCCUGCCAACCUAGCAGUUCGAAAGCACAAAGUGCAAGUAGAUAAAUAGGUACCGCUCCAGCAGGAAGGUAAACGGUGUUUCCGUGCGCUGCUCUGGUUCGCCAGAAGUGGCUUAGUCAUGCUGGCCAGCUCCCUCGGCCAAUAAAGCGAGAUGAGCACCGCAACCCCAGAAUCAGCCACAACUGGACCUAAUGGUCAGGGGUCCCUUUACCUUUACCUUAUCUCCACCUAGCAUUCCUUAGUUGUAGGGAAAGAGCCUUUAAAGUUGUAAACAGAGACAGAUGGCUUUCUAUGUGAUAAAAUGCAGACCAAUUCUUAAGAUAAUAGCUUUAGUGAAAUUUGAAAUGUAGAGAAGCUAGAUGUUAAUUUACAUGAUACGCUGUAAUUAACUUAAACGUGGCUAACAGCUUUGACUUGAAUAUACUACUUAUUUCUUUUGGUACUGCUUAGGAAAGCAGGUGAAUGGAUUUCAUUCUAAAGGCCCUCAAAAUUCUUUGGAAUAUGCAAAAUACCUUACACAACCAUUGUAAGCUCAUGUUCACUUUAGCAUUCCUUGAUCAAUAAGUACUAUUUCAAUAUAUUACUUUUUCCUCAUACCUGUAAUUAUGUAUACAUGCAUGCUUGAUGUUGAAGCAAUAUCAUCUCUCAUAAAACUAGAUUUUUAAUAUAAAUUGACAAUGUGAUCUCUCUUGCAAAAAAAAGUAUUGAAGCAAAUAUAUGUGCUUUUUCUCCACUAGAUUCAGAAAAGAUGGCGAGGCUAUUACGUGCGAAAAUAUAUCCAUAAUUAUUAUGCACUGAAGAAGUACCUGGAAGCUAUUGCUUUGAAUAAUGAGCUGGUCAGGUAAAGAUAAAAAUACUGAGUAGUGAAACUUUAAAUUUCUUUUUUUAUAUAUUUCUAAAUAGUUUAUGGUGCUAAUUAAAUUAUUUCUUCAUGGAAAGAAUUGCCUCCAUUAUCCAAUAUAUAAAGUAGUCUUCUUCUUUCUCUUACCUAAGCAUGUGGUGCAAAUUAUGGUCUCGUUUAUACCAGUAUGCAUGCAGCUAUGAUUCUACUGAAUCCACUGGAGUGAGCCCAAAGCUGAAAUACAUACAACACAGAAUUUAUCUCUUUCCAUCUGCUCAGGAGAAAAAUACUCUGGACUUUCUAUAUUAACAAGUCUGUAGAAUAAUGAAGUAGUGCUAGAGGCUUAAGUCCGCAAUUGCAACAUGUAUGUGGGCCCUAAUUCUGGUGAAUGGGUGCUGAGACAAGGCACAUGCUGCUAGGCCAUGAUAGUUUUCCAGUGCCUUUACCAGAUAUGGCUCUCAGGGGUCAAGGAGCUGGAGAUGGUUAAGAAGACAAUAUUGCCACCACUGUCCACCAUGUGCACUGAGAGUGUUUAUAGAGUAAUCCAGCCCUGAGUUAGACUCACCUCCAUCACUCAGCAGUGCAUUGAACAUUCUGUCCCUUGGGCCUCACUGCUUCCUUAAGGUCUGUAGGUCAAGACACCAAGAGAGUGUCACUAUCCCUUUAAAAUAGGUGUGGGGAACCUGGGAUCUUCCAGAUGUGGCUGGAAUACAACUUCUCCUAGGCUUGUGCCCCAGGGAGGACACUUCAGGUUUAAGGUGCUGGUUUUAACCUUUAAAGCCCUAUACGGCCUAGGACCCUCGUACCUACGGGACCGCCUCUCCUGGUAUGCCCCACAGAGAAACUUACGGUCUUCAAAUAAAAACAUCUUGAAGGUCCCAGGCCACAGAGAAGUUAGGCUGGCCUCAACUAUAGCCAGGGCUUUUUCGGCCGUGGCUCCGAUCUGGUGGAACACUCUGUCAGGGCCCUGCGGGACUUGACAUCUUUCCGCAGGGCCUGCAAGACAGAGCUGUUCCACCAGGCCUUUGGCCAGGGCACAUCCUGACUCCCUCCCUCGGCAAUCUUUGCGGAGCUCUGGCCCAAUGGUUGCCAGUGGCUUGAAUUAAUUAAUUUUAUAAUGAAUGAUUUUAGAGUGUUGUUUGUGCUGUACUUUUGUACUGUUUUAUUGUUGUUAGCCGCCCUGAGCCCGGCUUCGGCUGGGGAGGGCGGGAUAUAAAUAAAAUUUAUUAUUAUUAUUAUUAUUCAGUCCUGCUAACUCAGUGGCUUGACUUCACUCCCAGAGGCACACUCCACUGUCUCUGAAGACAGACUGAUGCCAACAACAACAGCUUCCAUCAUCCCUGACCAUUGGGCAUUCUAAAUGGGGCUGAUGGGAGUUGGUAUCCAAAAACAUCCACAAGGCUGCAGAUUCCCUAGUCUGAGAAUUGCCCACAAACGACAAUUUCACUUGAUGUGAUUUUUGCCAUCAUGGGUCUUCUCGCAUCGCUUCAGCCCUGUUUGGCAGAUUAUUUCAUUUUUAGCAACUCAGAAAGGGAAAUCAUAAUCUUCUGUGGGAGAAAUAAUUUGUGUUACAGCUCCAAUCAAGAUGCAUCAAUACUUAGAUCUUGUAAAUUUACCCAAAAAAAAGGCAUUUGUGCACAUUUUAGUUAUUGUAAACACAAAUACUGUAGUAAAAAUGCAGCAGAUUUUUUAAAAAAAUUAAUUUGUAUAUUACCCUUCAUUUGAAGAUUACACGGUGGUUUACAGUAUAAAAACAAAAUACAUAACAUAAAAACAAAACAAUAACACCCCACCAAGCAGUACUUAGAAACAAAAAUCUUCUAUGAGUGGUAUUCAGCUAAGCUUUACUCAGAGGCAACCCAUUGAAAUUAAUAAAUCUACCCUAGUUGUGCUUAGUAAUUUUAGUGAAUCUACAUGGAGUAAAGCUUAGCUGAAUACCACCGUAUGUGUCUGGAUAGCCCCCUUUGUCAUUAUGUUUAUAUAACACAUAUGUAAGAUUAGGUUUUCACAGCCUGCCUCUUACAAAGAUAAAUUGGUUUGAUUAAUUUAAAGACUGAGUAUGCAUUUUCUAGAUGUGUCCACUUAUAACCUAUAGCCCCAUAUGCAAAAACUGCCCUAGGUUAUGAACAAGAAAAUGAUAUCAUGAAAUUAAAAACUAGCCUCAGAGAUACAGAUUGGCAGCAUUAAUAAAAAUCAUAAUGCUGUUAAUGGUGAAACUUACAAUACACUGAGUUUCUCUCCUAAUUUUAGUUUCAGAUAUACAUUGACUUUAUCUGUUACUUAAUGUUUUGCAGCAUUAAAGGUGGGAUGCAAUCAACUGAGAAAAUGAGCUAAUUUCAGGAAUAGAUUGAAUUCAUUAGAACUGUUAUCCACAAGCCCUUUGCUAUUGCUUAUGGCUUUAAGCUUCAUUUGAAAUAGGUUUAACUGGCGACCCUUUGGCUUGAACUGCAAGUUAUGAGACAAAUGUGGGAUCCCCGUGUUUGCCUUGUAACACUAAAACAAGAAAGAGUUAGGCAGGAUAGGGCGCCUAAGUCAUUCUUCCUUCCAAAUCCACCUUGGCCAUUUUAACCCUACAUUUCUCAGCCAAGCUCUGAGAUUGGAAGAAGCACAACUGGGGGAUAAAGAGCUGGAGGGCACAUCUUCAGGGGAGAAUCAAUGGAAAAGGGGAGGGCAAGCAUCUUAUUCCCACCAGCUGUUUCUGUGCUACAAACGCAGCCCCAGCCUUUAUAGGAAUCUGGCAGAGAUGGUGUUGGGAACUUGUGUUUGCCUGUGUAAUAAAUGCAUUGUUCUUCGCUUUUCUGAUCCUAAAGGAAGCAGUUUGGACAAAGACAGAUCACUGUCGUGUUUCAAAUUUAGGUGAUGUUGUAGAGUUAUAAUCGGUAUAAAAAUAGCCCAUUUUUAAACCCAAGAGCCUGGGUUAAAUGUUCAUUUCAAAUCCAAACAGGAACUUAACUACUCAGAUUUAGUAUUCCACCAAAUGUUUAAUAAAGCAUCCAGUAAGGACAGUUGGUUUGUCCAGCUUGGGAACAAAACCGAGUGUUUCAGUAGGUCUGACCAGCAUAUCACAGCAUUGUAAACAAAUAUUGCCCAAUGCCCUUGUAGAUGUCUUUAUUUUAUUUUGACCAUUUAUAUCCUAUCUUUAUUAGUAAGUAAAUUCAGGGUGACUCACAAGAAAGUUAUUGCAAAAGCCCGUUUCCCCCUUCAUGUGACAUAAUGAUAUCAUGUGAUUGACAGGUGGGGGUCCUGCCCAUUUGCCAGAUUUGGCCCCUUGAUGCAGAUCCAGAUAAGGAUCUGUCCCAUGCAGCCAAAAAGUCUCCACACCCUAUUCUGUUCCUCAAGAGGGCUCUGGAAACUGAGCACAAACAGUAUGGCUAGACUACACUAGACUACCCAAAGGAAACCUGUUGGCUCUUAGGACUAAGCAGUUUUAACGGAGCAAGAGGGGUUGGAACAGAGAAAUGUUCUGUUGAAAGCAAGCAAUUUGAAACUCUCUCUCUCUCUCUCUCUCUCUCUGUGUGUGUGUGUGUGUGUGUGUGUGUGUGAUUGAUAGGGAUGGGUGAAUUCCCAUAUAUAACAGGGAAACAAUUUGUUGAGUAGGAUCAAAGGCGGAUCUAGGGGAACACAACCGGUACAGCUGCACUGGUCACGGGGCUUCUGAGGCACCGCAACUAUGACAUCCAAUGGAAGGCGAGAGGUUGGGGACACACACCCACACACCAGAUUUUGGUGUCAAACAGGGCACCACUGAAAGUUGAGACACCCAAGGUCUGCUGCUAGCAGAAUCUUGCUUUGCCUUGACAGUUAUCAAGUCCAAAAUACACAUGGGGAUUCUCUGUAUCUGAUCAAGAUCUGAUACGGUAAUUAGUCUUUCUUAACAUGAACAUUAGUUAAUUGUGCAAACUCUCUGUGACUACUUUUCAGCACUGUUUGGAGAUUUCCUUUGGGGAGAAGAUGGUGUCCUGCCUCUUAACAGGAUUAGGUAAAUGGCAGCAUAUUACACUGAUAUGGCUGCCCAUUAGCUUCCAGGCAAAAAUUAAAGUGUUGGCCAAAUUUGAAUCUGUUUCUUCAAAAACUUGGCAACUAAUUUCAUUGUACCACUUUUUUUAAUUGAACAAUUCACCGUAGAGCCUGGAUGAAACUUAAAGCUGUUCCAGAGCAGUGAUAAAGUAAUUAUGGGACAUUUUGGCUGCUGAACUACCUUUAUUAAGGUUACUUAUGGACUUUAGUAUCUUCUGUAGAUUGAUUCUGCUGUUAAAACUUGAGCCUCAGUGUGUAUCACGCACUUUUAUAUAGUCUCAACUGCAACAGAUUUCACAGUCUCCUAUUUUAUCUAAAGUGGGAUCUUAACUGUAAAGUAAGUAGAAAAGAAGGAAAAGGUGCAAUUUCAUUAAGCUCUAACAUAUCAUUGGCUGUCAGGCUGGCCUUGUUAUGCUGUCCAUCCUCAUUUAACUAUCCCACAAGAUCUCUUAAUGAAGUUAAGCCCCAAGUUCACUCCAAUAAUUCUGUGGCAAGAGUUUGUGCAAUGUAACAAUUCAUCACUUGUCAGGAAGGCACUUUUAGUUUAUACAUUUAAUAAGGGCAUCCUCUAGCUUGGUUAAUUAGAAGUGAACAGUUUGCAUAUUUACUAAAUGUGGAGUGUCAUUGCCACCACGGCCUAUUGCCUACAUGAAUUAUUUCUCUAUCUGCAAUAAACAGCUGGGUAAUUAUUACUGCCAUAAUCAGAUAAAUUCCCUCUGUAAGGCUUUUCUUACAUGGCAAUUCUUUGAACUCAUCCAAAGCUGAACAAAAUUUAUGAACUCCAGUAGCUGGGCCACUUUUUCAUAGCAUACUGUCCCUAUUUCAAGGACACAUAUAGCAUUAUAAAUAUUCCAUAAAUUAGGAGGGUAAAUAUGAUUACCUAAAGAUUAUAUAUUAAUAAAUGAGAUUUUUGAAAACACAAUUCUUGGGUUGUAAUUGAUUAAAUUAUAUCACUCCUGCUCUAUGCAGUUGUAGGCAUCUGACAGGGUAUCUGCAGUUCAGGGUAAAAGAGCCAGGCACCAAGAUUGGAAGUAAAAUUAUCUGGGAGAGAAACACCAGAGGAGAGGGGUGUUUGCUCUGUUCAUGUUAAUAGACUUGUAGCUCUUCUUUCAUACGCAUGAAAUGUUAGGUGGGAUUUUAUGUGGGGGGAAUGUAGUGGGCCAUUAAAACAGUACGUUAUCUUGCUUUUUAAUCAUUGUGUUAUAAUUAUUCUUUGUAGAGACAAACUGAAUUUACUCGUGACUAAUUGACUGAUAUGGUUAACAGGGGUAGCCAAUGUGGUGCCCUCCUGAUGUUGUGAUCUACAAUUGCCAGCAGCCCCAGACAGCAUGGUCAGUAGUUAGGGAUGUUAGGAAUUGUAGUCCAAAACAUCUGGGGGACCCCAUACUUUCUGUUCCGUGGCUAGUUGUACCCACACAUAGAGGGAUUUUUGUUUGUCCCCAGGAUAUGUUAUCUGUUUUUUUCUGGUUUGGUUUUAGUUUUUUAAUGGGGUUUGGACUAUGAGACUUCACUGGAUCCUUCUAAAGAGGAAAAUGAACUAAGUGAAGAAGGGAAAGUGUAAGAACAGGAACGGUUUGCAAAGAGCUAGCUCUCUAAACUGGGUGAAUGGGCAUUAAAUGUGAUUCAGUGCAAUCAAGUGUAAAGUUAUGCACAUUGGGUUAAGUAAUUCUAACUUCUUAUGGGAGGUGAUGGGAGUUGUAGUUCAGCAACAUCUCUAGGGCCAAGGGUUCCCCACACCUGACUUAAAAUGAAUAUGACCAUAGUAUAACGUUGCCAUACAUCCGGAAAUUCCCAGACAUAGGUGGAAUACUGCAGUUGGAAGCAGUGUCUGGUGGAAAUUGCUAAAAUGUCCAGAAAAAUCCGGAUGUAUGGCAACCUAUGUUGGUCGUGUUGUUUUUGGCGAUUUUCCUUUAAAAUAGCUCAAUUUUUGUGUGUGUGGUCCUUUUGGCAAUUUUGCCAAACAAGCUCAACAAUUUUGGCCCAUAUUUUGAAACAUGGCAACCCCACCAUAGUGUUAUUUCUCACAAAGCUUAUACACGCUCUCCUUGUUACAUUUUGGAAGGUUCUCAGAGUGAGUAAGUAGAAAACUACUGUAUCUUUCUGCAGUAAAACUCCUGAAGCCUCAUUUAAAUGUAACUCCACUCCCGCCCUCAUCUUAAAUGAACAUAUAACUUCUCGGUGGUUUUUCGUAGACUCCUGUGUCUCAUCUCCUCUCUACUUAGCAUAGCUCUGCUACUGAAAGUAAAUAUUGGGGCAGGAAGGCAGUAAUCAGAGGAAUCAUUGCUGAUGCACUACUGACUGUGAUCCCCAGAAAUUGAUGUAGUGCCAAUUCAUGUUGAAAGCUCCUUUAUUGACUUUGAGGCUCAGAGAGCUGAUGUAAGUGUAUCUGUAUCUUUUUAAAAAUACUUUUACAUAAAUAAAUGCUUACUACAUGUGUUGUAAAAAAACUUUUACUGAAGAUUAUUGGCACAAUCAAAUAACCCAUUGAUAGCCAAAUUUUACACUUCAUUGGCCAUGUGGAGACAUCAUGGUAAUCAUAAACCAUAGUUUACCAUACAAGACUGUGUUGUGUCCAUUUCACUCCUCCCUACCACUACUUGGGAAAAACAAAGUGAAAUCCUUGGCUUAACAUCAUGGCAGCGUUGGGGAUUGUGAUUCAUUUUGGUGAAACCAGGAUUGCUAAGCCCAGAACAAAGCUUAGAUUUGCCUACAAGCUAGGAUACUUCAUUUGAACGCAGCAAUAAUUUUAUAGAAAAGGAAGGAGCAAUGACUUAGAUCCCAAAUCAUAAAGACCAGCAAUAGAUUAUCUUGGCAUGAAAUAUGUAAACCACUAUCAUUUUUACCUUUCUAGUAGAUCUAAAGAAUAGAGCAGGCAUAGGCAAACUCCAGCCCUCCAGAUGUUUGGGACUACAAUUCCCAUCAUCCCUAGCUAACAGACCAGUGGUCAGGGAUGGUGGGAAUUGUAGUCCCAAACAUCUGGAUUGCUGGAGUUUUCCUAUGCCUGGAAUAGAGAGUUGGAAAUGUGGUCAUGAGAUCAACAGACUAGUUUGAUACUAUAUCCCUCCUGAUAUGAUGACUCCAUCAGAGUAAACCACAGUUUUAUUUUGUUUUUAUUAAUGUUUUACUGUGAAUAUGCCCUAUCUUGACUGUUUUGCUCUACCCUUUCCUAUACAAAUUAUACACUAUUUUGUUUUGUCUGAAAUGCCCUUUGCUUUCCUUAAUGCUACAUAUUUAUAGUUAUACAGUCACAAGAUCACAAACUUCUUAUUAAAAUGCAAAACAAAAUGCAAUAUUUUGAUAAAGUUCAAUGAAAGUAUGUCAGUAUAAAUCUGCAAAAUCUUAGUGUUGAGUGCAUCACCAUUACGGUCUGAAUACUGCUGUAAUCAUCAUUUAAAGACAUCUACUAAAGUGCUAGGAAAACAUUAUAUAUGUAUUUUUAACAUUUAUAGAAACAGAAGGAGCACUGUCAACCAAAUUUGCAUCUCAUAGCUGGAACCAACACCACUGCACACUGCAUAAAUGAAAACUCAGAAUAACAAUAAGUUACCUUGGCACAUGAAUGAGUUUUAUUUUUAAUACCUAACCAAAAGUGAAAAAUUCACAGUCUCAGACAUUUGUUGCAUAUAAUCUUAGUUGAAUCAUGAUGACAAGUGUUCCUAAGUGCAUUACUUCUAAAAUAUGAAUGCAUUUAACUAGUGAAAGGAUUUAAAUUAUUGUGGCAUUUUAACAUAAAAAGAUUCUAUUCCUUUUUCUCCAACUUCCCCAAAGCUUUAUUAGGCCUUCGUUCUCGCUUUCUCCAACUUUUACUAUUUUGUAGGGCAUUUGGGGGCAGAAUGUCAGGCACAGGUUCACAUAUUCAUUUUCCUUUGUGACUUCACUAAUAUCCUAUGCAUAGGGUAGGAACAUAAGAAGAGCCAAGCCAAGUUUAUAUAGGAUUACAUGACAGGCAACAUCUUAGAAGAGGAAUUCCUAGUUCAUCCUCGUGCUGAAGGGCUUUUGUAAGAUGGUGCCAUCUAAAACAAAAAAGUAGACUUCCGGGGUGGCGCCAUCGGCAAUGGCGGACUCCCUCUGAUCUGGAGGGACUAGCUCCACGCGAAACGGGUCUUUUCUGCUACAGCGAAGCGGGGACCCUUUCAAAAAUCACAGGCGGAUGAAGCCUGUGACCAUGGGACUCGGCGGGCACCCUUAGCGCCCCCCCAACCCGCAAAGGAACCCACUAACGGGCUCCGAAGUGAAGAGGGGGAAGUGGCGCGGUGCUGAGAGUCAACUGCUUCUUCUGUGGAGCGAAGCCGCAUAGCCGUUGCCGGAGAGCGCUGCCUUUUUCCUGGGACAAUUUGGCUUCUAAAAUAAUCACCCGUGAGUACUUAAAUUUCGGACAAUUGGACUUUAAAUAAGGACUUGCGAGCAGAAAGGAAUUGGACUUAAAAAUUUACUUCAAUUUGGCACUGAAACGGGAAGGUCUAAACAGGAAGUCAGCCUUCCGUUUCUUUGUAGACAGAAUAAAGCAAAGACAAGGUAAACUAGAGCUCAGAAAAUCGCUUCUAAAAGAUUAACUUUCAUCAUAUAAAAUUGUUGAACCCCCCCUUCGGAAGCAGGAGAAGAAGGGGGAUAUUUUUCGGACUGUUUAAACCUGCAGAAGUGAGUUUAAAGUAAAGUAACUUUCCACCGUCCUGAUCCUGGAGCGGGGUGUCAGGACUGACGUUUGAAGCUCAUUGACCAGAGACAAACGUUUUUGACAGAUAGCUAAAAGAAGAGAAACAUAGUGAUUCCAUUGUUCCCCUUCACAUUUUAAAGGAACAAAUAUUGACAAAAUAUCUGAAAAAGGAAACUUUGUUGCUAGAUUUGUCCCUAAAAGAAAGAACAAAUAGAAGUUUCCCCCCUAGAAGGAGACUGUGAAACUGUAACCAAUUCCAGGGAGCUUGCAGCUGUUAUAGAUUACAAUCGUGGGAAUAGACUUUUGACCUUGUAGGACAAUGUAUUCAGAAGCUCUGUUGUGUGCUCUCUGUAAAACAAAUGCCCUAUUGGAUCAGUUAAAUGAGAAGACGGAUUUGAUGACUGAUGUGAUCAGAAUUUUUGAACAGGCAGUGGGAAACUCUAUGGAGCCCACCCAGGAAUUAAAUCAGGAGUGUGCCCCGACAGAACAGAUGAGAGAAGAGGAUGUUGCUGAAUCUUGGGCGCCAGAGAUGGAGGGAGCUGUGGCCCUGCAGGAACAUGAGCUUUUGGAUUUGACAAAUGAACUUGGAAAAAGCCAGAUUUGGAAAGAUAAAGUUUGGACUGGUUUGGAAAUGGGGGGUUGGAUAGACCCCCCUAUGCAGGGAUGUUUGGACUUUUCAAGUCUGGCAAUGGGCCGUGAGAUGUUUGGGGCUGUGGGGGCUCUUAAUUUUGGAGGGAUUCUGAAACAUGUUUUUAAAUACCACAUGGAGUUUAGUCUGGACUAUGGAAAAGGGGCUGAUUUGUUGAAAAGGGUCAAAAACAUUGCCAAGCUGGAGUUCCCACGAGUGAAAGGAGAAUAUGAAGAAGAGCCGCGGAAGGGACAAGGAAGGGACUUAAGGGCCUCGGAUAUAAGGUUACCAGGUUAAUGCGCUAGAUCAAUGGGAUAAAAAGGACUGACAAAACCCGGGACCAGGAGGAAGGGACGCUGGAUGAAGAUUGGAUUGUUUUUAUUUCUUUUUUAUAUUACUAGGAUUGUUUUAUAAAAUUGAUGAAUGUUAGAAAAAUGUUGGAACGAAAUUACUUGGCUUUAGCAAAAAUGUUUAAAGAAUUAGGUAAGAAUAUUAUGGUUAUGAGAAGUUGGUAAAAAUAAGAUUUAAGUUUUAAGUUUUAAGGUUUUCUAUAAGAUAAGAUGAAAAUAGAUUAAGGUAAUGUAAUGACAGAAUAUUAUGAAAUAUGGAAAGGAUUUGCUGCGACAAUUAAUAACUAGGAUACAAAAAAAGGGAGGAGGAGGAGGUCAAAGAAAGAAGGUAAUGAAAGUUGAGAAUUCGAGAAUGAUGGAUUUGUUUUUGUGUGUUUGUGGUGUAUUUUUGUUUUUUGAAUUUGUAUUGUUUGAUGUGGUUUGUUUUUUCUUUGGUUUUUUUCUUUUUCUGCUUUGUUCUCUUUUGUAAUUCUAAAAAUUUUUCAAUAAAUAUCAUUUUUUUAAAAAACAAAAAAGUAUGCCACGUUCUAACCAAUUUUUAUUCAUAUGUAGAUUUACAUAAUUUAAUCAAUUAAUUUAGCAAUUAUGAAUUAUAACUCAUAGGAGAAAGGAAUAAUCAUUUAUUUGAGUUGACAAAAAAAUGUGACAUCUUUAAUCUGAAUGGUCAAAUUAUGGGGCCCUGAUUCCCCCUUCAGAUUCAACUGAUGUUUUGCUGCAUUGUGAUUUCAAGAGGGUGAUACACUGGUACCUCUGGUUAUGAACUAAUUUGUUCAGGAGGUCCGUUUUUAAGCUGAAACUGUUCUUAUCCUGAGGUGCACUUUCGCUAAUGGGGCCUCCCGCUGUGGUCGUGCCUCUGGCACGCGAUUUCCGUUCGCAUCCUGGAGCAAAGUUCGCAACCAGGAGCAGCUACUUCCGGGUUAGCAGAGUUCAUAACCUGAAGCAUUUGUGACCAGAAGCAUUUGUAACCAGAGGUACCACUAUACUGACAUCUAGGGGUUCUUAUUAAAAUUUUUUGUAUUUUUUAAAGAAUUUAAUUUAAAAGUUUUCAGGAAAAGUAGAGGGAAAUGUGUAUGUGCUUUCACCUGGGGUGAUCAUUUUGUUCCUUCAGUAUUUUCCUUCACUCAUAGAAGUAUUUUCCUCUACCUUUGGUAGAGACUGUCUCCCUUUUUGCCUUCCCUCACCUUUGAGUCCCAAGCAUGUCUGCCCAUGAGAGACCCACUGCAGAAACGUAUACAGUGGUAUCUCAGGUUACAGAUGCUUCAGGUUACAGAUGCUUCAGGUUACAGACUCCUCUAACCCAGAAAUAUUACCUCGGGUUAAGAACUUUGCUUCAGAAUGAGAACAGAAAUCGUGCUCCGGCAGCGCGGCUGCAGCAGGAGGCCCCGUUAGCUAAAGUGGUCUUCAGGUUAAGUACAGUUUCAGGUUAAGAACGGACCUCCGGAACGAAUUAAGUACUUAACCCGAGGUACCACUGUACUAGAUGCACUGAAUUAGAAUAUUCAGUGCCCUCUAAUUUGUUUGCACUGGUUCAGGAUGAAGCUUAAUUCCUAUCAAAUCUUGCUACCUGGGAACAUACAUUUAUUUUCUGAUAUCAUUGGACUUCCCUUAAGAAUCUGCAGACAGUUGGGGGUGCCUUCUGCUUGGGAAUUGGUACCACUCUAGAAGCACUGUAAUAGUAGGGCAUAACAUAUAAUCCUUUCUUAAAAUAGUUCCUUGUUUUUAGGCUCCCUAUUCAGUCUUGGAUUCCUACUUAUAUGCCUCUUUGAAUCACUGCUUACCCAAACGUAGGACUCUGUGUGAACCCACUUGAGGAAGAAAUGCUGUUGCUGUAAUUAUUGUCCUUUAAAAUGUUCUCAUUCAUCACAUUCCUGCACUCAUCCCAACUCAAACCCUGUUUUUCCUUCUAUGGGUGUGUGCUAGAGAGCUUAGAACUCUUGCAGAAGGGAGAGAUUCCUCUCUCUUCCCACCUAUUCAUUGUUCUAGAUCACUAGCCACCUAGUGUUGAACUAGGAUCUAACAACCACAUCAUGUUUUUAUAUGUAUAAUGCAUUUAAAUUCAUAAAUUAUAGUGUUUCCAUUAAAUAUUAUAUAAGAUACCCUACAAGUUCAACAAAAGAUACCAUCUUAGCUUUUUCUCUGUUGCCAGUUUAGCAUUGAUAUAUAUUGUGAAGAAAAUGAGCUCUAAAAAUGUAGGCUGCUUGUUCGCGUAAAAAAGAAUUAUAUCUGCUCAUCAAUUCUGUGAGUGGUAUUCAACUAAGUUUUACUUAGAGUAGACCUAUUAAAAUGAUUGAACAUGACUAAACUAGGUCCAUAAAUUGCACUGGGUCUAGUCUGAGUAAAAUAUAGUUGAAUACCAUCCUAUAACUCCCAGGGCGGUUAUUGGACUAGCAUUGGAGAUUAAAGAAGAAAGGAAAUACUUGUUACUGAUAUAGCCUUUAUGCUGCAGUGAUUGUUCAUAAUAAAAUUAUUUGCUGCCAAGUUCUGCAUUUUUUGACAAAUGUAAUUUAAUUUUAUCAAAUUACUAUAGUGAAUAGUGAAUCAUCCAUUCAAAAUAAUAAUAGUCAACUUUCAUUGAUGAAACACAAUUAUUUCAGAUAUCAUUAUAAUUAAAUAUAUAUUUGUAUAUAAAUGCUUUUCUUCUGUGUUGUCCAGCACUUACUCGUUUUUGGACAAUGCUAGCUUUUACCAUUAUUGGCAAGAAGUUGAAUGGAAAUGAAGAACUUGUAAAUAUUCAUUCGUAGGCAUUUUAUUUUCUGCGGUUCAUAGACACUGAGGCUGACCAGACAAAUCUGCAACGAAAAAAGAGUAAUUACUAAAUAGGAAACAUAUGUACCAAUGUUGACAGGUGUAAUUGCUUUUAAAAAUCCGAGAAUGUAUGUUUAUUUAUUUUUAUUAAUGCUAUUGUAAAAAUGCUUAUUUACUCACAUUUCUCGGCUCUGAGAUCUGUUCCUUGAGGACAAAGAAAGGUCACCAGUCUCUCCAAGUCCUAGUUCUUUGUCAAAAGUGGACACAGUUAAUGAGGUUGGUUUGGUACGGCACAAAUUCUCAGACACAGAUAGAGAUCCUUUCAAUGGAAACAAAUUUGUUUGGCUUUACCAGGUUACUUAGCGAUUAAUAAUAGCCUUGAGAUGCAGGUCAGAAAGGUCAGUGUACCCGCUUGCCAAUACAAUCUAAAAUGUACAGCAAGUCCAGGUCUCCAGGCUUGGAGGCCUCCAAACACUAUGCAUAAAGUAAAACAGGCUAUUUUCCAACUUCUUUUUUCAUAUUAAUAAGCAAUUUUCAAGAGAAGUGUGGCAAAAUGGGGGCCAUGCCACUCUAAGUAAUUCAUUUAUUUUGCAAUUUAAUCUUAUGUUGGAAAAAAAUUACACUGCUGCAAAAGCAUAGCAUGGUGAUUUUUAAACGUCAGUAUGUUUCAUAAGUAACCUUGUAUGAAAUAUUGUAUUAGAAGCCUUUAACAGUAAAAGGCAACAAAAAGAAAAAAGAAAACAUUCCAGGGAUUGAAACAGAAUAAUACAUCUUCUCCUAUCUUUAAUUUAUUUCUGUUUUGUUCUACUUUUGCCUUGUACAUUUGAAAGAAAAACAUGUGUGAUUUGCUUAAUAUUUUACUCUACAUGCUAUGGAUUAAUAUUUUGAUGGAAAAGUAAAAAAUGACAUAGCACAUAGAUUUUUGUAACAGAGUUUUCUAUAUCUAUGGUAAAAAUAUUGCCAGAUUGCAUGUUUUAAAAAGUGUCCCAUUAUACUGAAAAUAUUAUUUAUUUGUUUUGUAUCUUGCCAUUCAUCAACAAGCAAUCUCAGCAUGGGUUACAUCAUAAAAAAGGGAAAAAAUACAUCCAUUGUAAUAAAAUGCAGUAGCAUUACAAACAACAUCAAAACGUUCCAUAUCUACAUAUUUAUAGACAGUGAGAAACUGGAAAUAUCUAUAAUUGUAAUGGAGUGAGAAUGCUCUGGUUUUAGGAUGGAAAGAGUCAACUGAUUGUUGCAUGAUCAUCAUAGUUUUCUGAAUAGCUCUGUAAUGCAAUGAAAUCCACAGUCUCUACACUUCACACAGGUUUAACUCUGAUUAUUUUUCAAAGCAAACCUUUAAAGUGCUUCUUGCGUUCAGCCUUUAUUUCAGGAGACUCCCACUGUAGUAAGUAACUGAUGAUGUAAAAGAGAGAACUUGUAAGAACUUCUAACUAUGGAGGUGAAUUCUAGGGGUAGGAAGCCUGAAGAAACCUAGUUUUCAGUUCACGUCCUAGCUGGGAAGCUUGAGGGCCCAUAGCAAAUUAGAUGAAACUCCAAUUUUGGAUAAGGGGUCAAAAGGAAACUCUGCUGAUAAAAGUUCCACACCACAUGGACAUCUUCAGGAGAAGAAAAGGCUAAUGAGUGUACCCUACACAAAUCCGGAGUGGAGUCUCUAAGGCGGUUGAAUGGUGUCUUGUGUGCCAUCAUUGACCAUGGGCUGAAAAUGAUCAGCAUUGACCUUGCUGCUUUAAAGGAGACCAAACUUGCUUCAAAUGACAGCCUCCAAGAGAUGAACGACACCUUUUUCUGGCAAGGAGGGCAUCCAGAAGAACCACAUAUUCAAGGUGUAGGCUUCACAGCAUGGAACCCUCUUCUGUCUGCAAUAGAACCGCUGACCAAGGGCUCAGAACGCUUGCUUUCCCUCACCUUUCAACCACCUCCAGUCCAGUUAACAUCUUGAAUGUCUACACUCCCACUAGACCAGGCUGUCGGGAGGGUCCCAGCUUGCGAACACCUAUUCCUGCUGGGAGAUUUCAAUGCUAGAGUUGGAGAUGAUCAUCACACGUGGGGCAACUUCAUAGGCCACUUUAGUAUUGGCAGCAUGAACAAGAAUGGACAACAGCUGCUAGAACUGUGUUCAUAUCACAGCCUCUGAACCAUGAAUAGGUUCUUCUCUACCAAGGCAAAACAGCAAGUGUCAUGGAGAUGUCCAAGGUUGGGGCACUGUGAUCAUGUCACAUGGAGCUACCACAGUGCCGACUGUGACACGGAUCACUCUCUGGUGAUGAGCAAGAUCUUUCUCCGAUUCUGUCAAAGAAGAUCUACUGGACUGCCCCAGAGAUAGCGUCAAAGCAAGGUGGAACUACAUACAACACAGCUAUGACCUCCUUUGGUAAAAGAGAGCAGCAGAUCCCUGACUGAGCCCGACAUUAAGAACAUGGAGCCUCUUUGGCAUAUUCUUCUCCUUGUUGCUCUCCUAUGUCUUCAGCUCGAUUGAAGACAGUGUCUACAUCCAUUCAAGGAGUGGUGGAGGACUAUUUAACCUGACACGUCUGCACACCAAGACAAAAGUGUGGUGGGUCCUUAUCUGAGAGAUGUUGUUUGCAGGUGAUGCAGCCUUGAUUGUGCACUCCAAGGAAGCGCUAGAGUCUCAUCAACCAAUUUGCCUGAACCUGUAUGGGAUUCGGCCUUUCCAUCAGCCUGACAAAGACCAACAUCCUGGGUCAGGAUGUUGCCUGGGUGUGUCUAAGUGCAAACAGCUCCUCUUUGAGAACACACGCAUGGUCCUUUACAUAUGUAUUGUGGAUUUUUUCAUAUGUAUUGAGGCUUUCCAUUUAUAGGUAGGCAAUCGGUGUACCCUUUGAGUGCAUGCAAAAGUGCCCUGCAUGUGCCCUUUGUAUAUACAUGGGACGCUUUGAAUUAAUUGUAAUAGUUAAUUACAUGCAUCCAAACCAGUGCCAUUAAAAUCAAUGGGAGUUUUGCUAUUAACUUUACUGUGCUAUGGAUUGCACUCCCUGAUAUUUAAUUGAUAUGGAAUAUGUUGAAGUAUUAUAAAUAUUUACCCUACAGGAACUGAAUUAUUUUCAAUGCUGUAUUUUACAUAAGAUGCCCAGAAAAAGGUCAGAACUUACCUAAUUAACAUUUAUUAAAUCUACAUACAUCGCUGAACAAAAUUUAUGUCUUUCACACACAAGGUUAAUUUGAAUUAGUGUUUCUUAAUACCAAUAACAACAAAUGUUAAUCAAGCUAACUUCUACUCUGGGUAUAUGUUAGUGAGGGUGAUACUGUAAUGUGUUGUUAUAAAUAUAUUAUGCAAUCACGUUUUAUCUAUGAAAUGUUUUAAGGGUUCAAUAAUUGGCAAUAGCAUUAGUAAUUUAUUAGAAAAAUCUUAGAAACAAAUUCACAGGGUAGAAAAUUCCUGCAAGAGUUCUCUUAACUAAUUACUUAAUCUUCUGUGUCUUAAUACUGAAUCAGACCAUUUGUUCAUGUAACCCAACACUAUCUACUCAGACUAGAAGCAGAAGUCCAAGGCAGAAGGAUAGUGGUCUGGGGUUGUGUGGAGGUCAAAUACACAUUACUAUUUCUGAAGCAGGGUCCCUCCCCCCAGUGUCCUUGCCUCCAGCAUCCUGGAGCCAACCAGUCAGCAUAAAAGGAGAGAUUUUAGCCAAAAAGUAUUUCCACCCUUUCUGGUGAUUUGAGCCAAUCUGAGUUGAAGGAGGUAAGUCAGCCACUGAGGAUUGACUUCUAGGGACACUCUGGAGUCAGAUGCGCAAGAACAACACCGAUGAGUUGUUCUGUGUAUUCCAUAUAAAAACCACAAGCUGCUACAGUUUCACAAAACUGAUGCUGAAGUUCUGCUACGGACAAUGGAACUUCAGGGAAAACACAACUCAAGUCACUCCAAAAUAAUAUAUUGGAGCACUCCAAAUCAUAUACCCAUGUGCGUUCACAGAAAAUAGUAGAUCUAGCUGAAAGGCAACACAUAGAGAACUGCACUAAUUGUUGCAAUGCAUCCCUAAUUAUUAUUGCUGUAUAAUCUUACAAGGUUGUAUAAACUUGGAAAGGGACAUGGCUGUGAGGAGGUCUGGUUGUGAGGGGGUAUAGCUGUGACUAUUAUGCAGGGACCCUGCAUUUCUGAAUUUGCUAAUACACUCCUGGUCCCAGGUCCAUUGGGGAGGAGUUUCCUAUUUUGUUACCUGAGAUCUACCACUGGUGCAUGGCCCCUCUCCCAAUUGUUGUCGUUGUUUAGUCGUUUAGUCGUGUCCGACUCUUCAUGACCCCAUGGACCAGAUCACGCCAGGCACUCCUGUCUUCCACUACCUCCUGCAGUUUGGUCAAACUCAUGCUGGUAGCUUCAAGAACAGUAUCCAACCAUCUCGUCCUCUGUCGUCCCCUUCUCCUUGUGCCCUUCAUCUUUCCCAACAUCAGGGUCUUUUCCAGGGAGUCUUCUCUUCUCAUGAGGUGGCCAAAGUAUUGGAGCCUCAGCUUCAGGAUCUGUCCUUCCAGUGAGCACUCAAGGCUGAUUUCCUUAAGAAUGGAUGUGUUUGAUCUUCUUGCAGUCCAUGGGACUCUCAAGAGUCUCCUCCAACACCAUAAUUCAAAAGCAUCAAUUCUUCGGCGAUCAGCCUUCUUUAUGGUCCAGCUCUCACUUCCAUACAUCACUACUGGGAAAACCAUAGCUUUAACUAAAUAUGCAAUAAUGCGCAAUUUCCAUAGGACCCUCUCUGUCAAUCUCUUUAUACCUGUAACCUUGUGACUCAGAAAGGGAGACAAAUGCUUAUUCAACAGCAAAAACAGACAGAGGGUAGUUCCUUAUUUACAACCUCCCCAUACUUACUGAGCUCUGUUAGUAAGCAGAAUGUUGAACUUAGAAAGACCAUUGGUCUAACUAAGCAUGGCACUACACAGUCAUCCAUAAGUAUCUAUUCUAGGGAGGCUACAAAUUUUCAUGUGGCAUCUAACUCACAUAACCAGCUACACGUUUCCUUCAUGCUCCGGUACUAUAUGGAGAAGUUUAUUCCUUUAUCUUCAACUCCUGCCCCAACAUUAAAAUAUCUUGCUGUGUUUAGGGAAGCUUAAGUUUCACAGCUCUGUAUUGGGAAGCUUUUGAUGUCUGAUGUAUCUUGGGUUUUUUUUAUAUUCUGUUGGAAGCCUCCUAGAGCGGCUGGGGCAACCCAGUCAGAUGGAUGGGGUACAAAUAAUUAUUUUAUUGUUAUUAAAACUAAAACCAGUCAUUUCUAAACAAUUUGUAAGCUGAUUUUGUUCUAAAAACAUAGAUACAAGGAUACAUAAUAGUUUACCUAUGAUUCUGAUUGGAUUUUAUUCUGAUCCUGAUCUGAUUUGAGGAUGUAUUUUAAUUGAUUGUCUGAUUUUAUGUUAAUGUGUUAUACAUUUGAUGUUAGCCGCUCUGAGCCUGGCUUCGGCUGGGGAGGGCGGGAUAUAAAUAAAAAUUUAUUAUUAUUAUUAUUAUUAUUAUUAUUAUUAUUAUUAUUUAAACUCUUGUUUACAUGAAGCUGGAUCUCCCAAAAUGGUUAAGAAUCUUAGUGCAUUGAAUGUCUCUUGAAUUCCUUUGUUCUAACAGUACUAGCCAGGCAUUGCUGAAUGUAGCCAAUCCUGAUGUUGUCGAUUUCAGUAAACAGUCGACGAUGCCAGCAUAUCAUCACUAGGGAAGAUGGGCUGGGAAAGGCUUUUUAAAGCACUGAUGCCUUUUUACAUUGGCCCAGUAAUCAUUUAAAUGUUUUCAUGCAGGAAAGAACUGGAAGAGUUUGCGGAGAUGAAGGAGAAAGAGGAACGGAAAAAAGCCCUCGAAAGAGAAAAAAGGAAAAAGGAUUACCUCGCCCAAAAGAUGCAUUACCUCCUUAGCACUGUGCAGGUUGGUGUACCUGUCCCUGACAGCUCAUGCAAACCACUGAGGCCCCUAGCUUGACAGAGAUAAACUAGCAGGCUGAAUGGGACAUGACUUGUUGAAAAGAUAUCACAAAGACACUACUUCGAGUUCAAUUUAGUGCAUUUCUAUAGGCGAGAGCAGGUACCAUGACUGCUGCGUGACACGACAGCAGCUUCAUAGAGGCGGCAUCAGCGCGGCUGGCAGAAAGAGUCCAAGUCAGCAGUUUGAUCUGCCAUUGUGAUAACACAACACAAAGGGCAUAACCUCACUUUAAAAACUCAUUUUGACUGGCUUAUUGUUGUGGUGGUUUCACUUGUCAAGGACUAACCAGUUAUUAAGCUGAGGAGGGGUUUCAUAUUUUUUUCUGUUUUAAUUGAGCUAAUGCUUUGACCAGAAUUACAUUGCUCCACUAUGUUUCAAAAUAGGUGGUUAAGAAUGGAUUAUCUGUAAAAAAACACACAACUUUCCAGAGUGAUCUUCUUGGGUCAGCAAAUUUACCUUGAUUACCUUCUUGUAGACAGUACUCUUGAAUAUAUUCCAACAGAUCUAUUUACUCUUCUUAGAAGAUUUGCUGGAAUUCUGAAGAGCUAUUUGGUAUGACAGAUGUUCCCCUUUUUAAUCCCUGCUUAAGUUCAUCAGUGCAAAUAAGUCUUUUCCUGCCUGCGAUAAGUGCUUAUUUAUAUGAACAUCCAUACUGGAAAUGCAAGCACAAUUGUUUCAGUCUUAAAUGGGUAUCUGUUAUUGAUGAUUAGACUUUUUAUUUAGUCAUGCUCACUUUUUGCUUAACAAGUGUCAUUCUUCCAAUCAGAGAUCGAAGACAACAGCAUAAGAUUUUGCCAUUGAAAAUUUAGCUCCCUUCUUUUGUGUCACAUCAAUCAUGAAUAAGCAAUGUUGGAGUUUGUUUACCUAAGCUGCAUAGCAAUUAAUUAUGGGAAAGUGAACUGAUUAGUGGAAAUUAGUUAUUUUAAUUGUAAAUUUAGUGAAAUCAAGGUUUGUUUGUGAAGAAACAGAAGAAAGGACUAAUUAGUAAAUCAAUAUUAUUAAAAAUGAAUUAUUCAUCUGCUCCUUGAAAGAAAAAAUCUCUGGGAGAGGACUUUUCAUUGUUUAAAACUUUAAUUUAGAUAUAUAAAUACCUCCAAAUAUUUCAAAGAGUGGACAAACCUCAUGUCAAUGAAGACAGUGCAUAGGGGUAUUUAUGGUUAAUUUGGAAAUUUAAGAUUUCUCAUCCUCAUAAUUUCAAGACAAUCUACAAACAUGCUAAUCAAAUGGUGCAAUAUGUAGCAACAUGUGAAAAUCACACUCGUCUCUGAAGUGUAAUGCACUUAUUGAAAUAUUACUUAACAAUUUAAGAACUAGCACUUCAGGUCCCAGCCCCAAAAUGUGCCAAUGUCAUUGCAGAAUUGCGGUGUAUCUUACAUUCCCUGUGAUCCGAUAUGCAGCAGGUUAAUGCAAAUAUGCAAAUUACACACACAUUAAAAUAUACAGAUUUGUUGCAUCCUUAUAUAUUACCUUCUCAGGGUGUCUAAUGCUGGUAUAAACUUAGCAUACAAAGAAGUUAAAAAUAGAAUUGGAAUUGUAUUUUGAUUAAAACUGAGGUUGCUAGAAGACAAUGCCUGGAGAAAUAAAUGACAAGCUCUAAAACUUUAUCCUUAUGAAAUAUUGAGCUUUUAAUCAACGUUCUUCGUUUAUUGGUGGUUUCAAUAACUAGUCAAGUAACACCUAACACAUCUAAGCCUUCCUUUGUUUGAAGAAAAUUCUUUCUUCAUCAUCCCUAUAAUUAUGAAGAAACUUGCCAUAGAAUCUAUGCCAGUGUUUUCAAGUCAUAAAUUAUGUUAUCUGCUCCACCUACUGGUUGCCUUGUGGAAGAGAUCCAACUGCGUCCUACAGCUAGAAAUACACUGAGAUAGUGUUAAGAUCUAUCCAAUUUUCGUAUUCAUAACAUUUCUGUUGAGACAGAGAUUUUAAAGGGGGAAUUUUGAGUUUGUUUUUCAGAGGAAGCCAUGGAAUCCUUAUUUUAUUUCUUUAAAUGGUGCCUGCUUUUCCUCGCGUUAUUCUUUCUCAGGUUUGUAGUGCCAGCACAAAGCUUUUACAAAGACCGAACAACAUCAUUUUAGUUUAUUAGACUGAACAUCUUUUCUAUCUGUAAGACAAAUCAAUAAGAGCAGAGCAGGAAACUUUUAUCAUCAUUUAAUAUUUGUAAGACACACUACAAUUGACAGUGGUUAAUUUUUAUAAUAAGAAUUCUACAUUGUAACCCUUCCCAGAGCGGCUUAAAAUAUGAACAUAAGCAAUGUGUGUCUCCUUGUGUAUGUAUUUUUAAAAUGUAGUUUUGUCGCUCAACUUCAGCAAGAAAAAGAAGAAUGUGCCGAAACAGUGAAAGCCAACCAAAUUAUUAGACAUAUUGUUCCUGUAUUUUGGAAGAUUUUGAAUCUUCAAGUGACAAGAACUAUAAAUAUACCUAUUUUCUGCCCCUCAUAUUAUUGCACCAAAAUGGCUACUAACAUCCUCUUCCUCCUCUUAAAAGCGACUUGCUAUGACAGAGCUUGCAUUCAUCAGUAAUUUGGCUAAGACAACAAAUGGUAGCAUUAAAAUCAGUAGUAGAAUUAUAAAAUUAAUUUUUUUAGUUAGUAUGCCAUGGUAAAUUGCUUCUAUUGCAGUUUGACCUGCUGUCUCUGGUGUUUUGGUUUGUAAAGCGAUGAUAUUUGCAGUAUUAUUAAUUUGCAUGUGUUUAUUUCUAUUUUGGCUCGGCAUGUAAUGCCUCAGGCUUAUAUUAUUGAUUCAAAAAGAGCUAAGUAGUCCGUUGUAGCAGUGUUGGCUGCUGUGGCUUUUCGGGAUCUGCAGACAAAGAUGAUGUGCCCACACUGUUUUCCGCUUUUUAAACAACUCAAUAAAAAUAAUGAUGACAUUGUCCUUGAAAUGCAACUUGGUGGUACAGUUUUAUGGUAUGAAGCAAAAUCUUACCAAUUUUGAAGAUAGCUGUAAAUCUUGUGCUAUAGCAUAUUUCCUUCAGAUAAAUAAAUUCUCUGGAGGAUUUGAGAGAAAAUGGCGAGUAGUGGUCCCUGAUCUGGCUUUAGCUGUCCAUAUUGUGUGCUGUGAGUUAGUUUUUAAUAAUAGCCAAACAGAAUGUAGGAAAAAAUACUUUCAUCCUAGUCAGAUAUAAGAUAAAGAAAAGAAGCCUAUUGCAUGGAAAAGAUCCAUUUAAAACAUAAUACUUUAUAUUAAAGAUCGCUCAAAAUCUUGGUUUUGUGUCACAAUCAGAGUAUGUUGAAGUGCAGUUUUCGGGCAAUGUCCUCCAGGGAAGAAACACUUGCUUUUUUGGGGGGGGGGACGGGACGCAGCUAGCACUGUGGGUUAAACCACAGAGCCUAGGGCUUGCCGAUCAGAAGGUUGGCGGUUUGAAUCCCCGCGAUGGGGUGAGCUUCCAUUGUUCGGUCCCUGUUCCUGCCAACCUAGCAGUUCGAAAGCACGUCAAAGUGCAAGUAGAUAAAUAGGGACCGCUCUGGCGGGAAGGUUAACGGUGUUUCCGUGCGCUGCUCUGGUUCGCCAGAAGUGGCUUAGUCAUGCUGGCCACAUGACCCGGAAGCUGUACGCCGGCUCCCUUGGCCACUAAAGUGAGAUGAGCGCCGCAACUCCAAAGUCGUCCAUGACUGGACCUAAUGGUCAGGGGUCCCUUUACCUUUACUUGGCCAGAAGACACAGCCCUGCCGCCAUAACUCUUUUUCAGAUGAUUUAUUUAUUUUGUUUGUAAAAUUUAUUUCCUGCCCCUCAUCACCAAACAAUUCCAGGGUGGAUCACAAUAAUAAAAAUAUACCAUAAAUACACCAUAAAGUCAGAUUUUAAAAUUCCCUAUUAACACUAGCAUGACAAUAGGCAGCUCACAUCAUCUAUUCCAUUUUAGACAAUCCAGGUCUCUGGAUGCCUGCAUGCAUCACACACUGCCCCCAAAGUCUUGGUGAAAGAGAUAGGUUUCCAGCUGGCACUAAAAACUGUAAAUGUCAGCACCAGCCACAUUAUGUGGGAAGGAUAUUUCCACAGUUGGGGUGCCAUCAUUGAGAAAGCCUAAUCUUUGCAGGAUUCUUAAAUCAAAGGACCAACAAUACAGAGAGGGGUACUCCUUGAGAUAACUUGGUCCUAAGAUAUAAAUGGCUGAGCCCCCUGGAAGACCACUAUCUGCAAAAUAAGAGGAGGACCACCCAGCCAGCUCCUUCAGAGAGAUGGCACCUACCACAAACCAACUCUAGUUAGCCUACAUGAGGCUUCAGUUGGCUAUAUGUCCCUUUAGAGACAACAUCUUCUGCAGUUGUCUUGACAACUCUUAGAGCUGUCCAAAGGCCUGGUCCAAUCUGUUUUGACUGAAUACUACCCGAUUGUCCUGUUAGCAUCAAGCUCCCAUAAAACUGGGUAUCUUGAAAGCACUGUUAUUCUCUUUCGGUAGAAAGAACAAGUGGUGAGUCCAUAAAGUAAGGGAAAAUUCCAGAGCAAGGAGUUCCAGUGAAUGAGGCUUAAUUUAAUAAUUUAAAAUGAAUACUGCUAAAUUAGUUAUUAAACAAAUGGAGAUAUAUAAAUGGCCUAGCCAAAAUGGAGGUACUUUAGGAAUAAUGCUGGACCUCAGUUACAGCAUUUCAUCAAUGGAUACCGGUAAGUAAAACAUCACUGAUACUGUAUACAGACCUGCAGAUUAUAGGUUAGCGUUUCCUGCUUCUAGUUCAAGCAAAAUUAUUAUUAAAUUCAAGAGGGCUUUUCACACUGCAAGAUUCUUGCACAUAAUAAAUCAGUUUUCCAUGUACAUCCCAACACAGUUAAGCCAAACCUUCUGAAUUUAAGAUGUUGACACACCACAAUUCUAAGACAACUCACUUGGGACUUAGGUCCAAGUGCAUGAAUUGAGUGUGUGCUUUAGAAAUCUGAUGCAGGUGUCAGCCUUCCUUGCAACUCACAGCCACACUGAAGUUGUUCAGAUGGUUGUCAUUUGUUUAAGUUCUAUAAGACAAAAUCUUAACAAAAGGCUGUCUUUUGUGGGUUCUUUAAAUCUUUGAAUAAUAUUUAGAAAUUCUACAGUGAAGUAUGAACUUUUUUCUUUGAGGCUAAUCUAUAAUAGAUCCUUGGUUAUGCCGUUCCAAAAUGCAUAUAUACAUCUGAUUGUAGUUAAAAGAAAUUUGUAUUAUUUUUAACAAAGAGAUUACACUGUAUGGAAUCAUUCACUUCUUUAUUUUUGCAAUAUUUUCAAAGUAUGUGUAUAUGUAUUUAAAUUUCCAAAUCGUUCUUUCACCUCUUGACAGAGAGAGAGGCCACCAGAGCUCUCCCCUCCAUCUGGACAUUAGCAGGAAUGUUCACUGGAAUUCUUAUGGAAGCAUUAACUGCAGUACCUGGAAAAAUAUCAUGUUUCUUUUCAGUCCCCCACAAGAGUAAUUGAAUGUUGAAUAUCUUACUAAAUGCUGGACUGUGACAGUGUGUUAACACUCUUGACUAUCUCCUAACAGCAGGGCAAUUAUUUGCUGAGUGGGAUUUUUAUAAAUCCCCUGGCAGUAGUAUGUCCUGAUAAUUAUGAUGAAGUGCACUGGUCAGUGUUGAUUCAGCAAUUCCGUUUCCAGCAAAUAUUUCUUUCACACCUCUCCUUCAUGCUUCUACAUUUAUGGUUUCUUUUUUCAAGAAAUGCACUCUCUGUUUCUCCGUCUCUGUGUGUGUCUCACAAAGAAAGUAGAAUAGAUUACAUGCACACAAAAAGUUUCAAGGAACGAGCUAGAGCUUUGCAAGGGAAAGGAUCUAGGGAUCAGGCUGUCAUGCAAUGUCGUUGACAACUUACCCAUUUUGGACAGAGUAAUAUUGUUUGCCUUUUGGGGCUACCUGUGUGCCCAACACUGUUCUUGAAUCCCAGGUUGAACUCUGUCUUGGAAUGCUUUUUUCCAAAUUCACUAUAUAUACCAACUGCACCCUUCCUGGAUUUGUGAGGUCUAACCACCAUUAUACAUGCCUUGGUAAGUUCUCAACUACAUUUUAUCAGUGCAUUUUAUGUGCAACUACUCUUGAACAUAGUUGAGAAAAUUAGGUGGGUCCAGAAUGCAGCUGCGGAGCUAUUGGCAGGAGUUAAUCUACAGGGAGCAUUUUAACUUGGGGAUUGAUUUCAAAAGCAUUGGAAAGGGAUUACUUGUAGUUUGGAAAGCUGUUUUAGGUGGGUGCCUGAUACCAUUUGUAGAUGGUGUACCUGACAGCAAGAAUCUGUAAAAAAAAUAAAUGCAACAGUAGCAAUGCACCUUAAGUGAUGACACUGGAUUAUUAUCAAAAGAAAAUUAGAAGAGUGUGGGUGACUGCUCAGUGUAGAAAAAAAUACCAGGCUUUUUAAAAAAUGUGAUAUUUAUAUAAUUCACGAACUUGAUCCUUCCUAGCAAAACCUUUCUCUUUGCCCUCUGCAUGCCAUUCUCAAUUACUAAGAUUAAAAAUUAUAUGAAGAAAGCAAAAUGAUACAUUGUUAGAAAUGAAAAUGAUUCAAAAUAUUAAUGUAAUGCUAAGGGUGGCUGGGUAACAAAUGGCACAUGCACUCCCAUGCUUGGGAUCUGGCAAAAUUAAUAAUACUUCUGGGUCAUGCAUGGGUUUCCCUGGUGUAAGGCCUGAUGAAGAAAAGAAUUCCAGGGCAAGAGAGCAGAGAGAGUUUGUGGAGCUCAGUUUCCCUUUUUACAGCGAGUCAGAAUCAUAGCCUUAAAACACACACACACACACACACACACACACACACACAGAGAGAGAGAGAGAGAGCUUUCACACCUCAUUUGCCAUAUUCACCACUGGGCCACUAUUCAGCAGAAGGGCGUAUUGCAAGGAGGUCAGUAAGAAGCUAUUAGCAGAGUCUCCCCCAGAGGUUUCUUUGGUCUUAUUGAGUUGGAAGUUAGCAUGACAGUACUGCAAAUAACUCAGUUGUAGGUUUUUUAACAGUUAGCACAGAUUUCCCUAUAGUGUUUGUCACUUCAGAAAAUUGUUCCUGAAAAUGAAGUCCCAGAAAGCCAGCUUUGACAGAGGCCCUUGCGAGAGACGCUUGCGAAGAACAUGAAUACAGAAAAAAGUGUCAUGCUCUCCACAGACUAGAUGUGAUUUGAAAGGGGGUUGGGGUUGGGAAUAACCUAUAGUACUCUUUAGAAAUAAAGCUGGAAAACACACUUUAGCAUUGGAUACCCUGCUAAAGUAACACUGAUGACUUUCUAACUGGCUAUACUGGGUGAUGAAAAUGAACGAACAGGAUGCUGGGGAUGACCCUGGGGUUUUUGAAAGCAUAAACGCCAGUCGGUUUAUGCCCAACUCUUUUUACUGUAUGGAUGGAUGGGGUUGGGGAGCAGAGAUGGGUGGAUGGCAAGGAAACUGGUUAUGUCACCAUAGGUUAAACCAAAGGGGGGAUAUUUGCAGAGGAACUUAAAGGUCUGUUCAUUUAUACAUGUUUAUAUAUGUUCAGAUAAAACUAUUCAGUUUACUGUUCUGCAAAAUAGGAGCUGAGGAUGGAGCAUGGUGAUUGCUCUGCUAAUGCAGUACAAACAAGGGUAACAUCCAGCUACUGUUGAGUACUUUUAUGUCUUACUGGUUUCAGCAGAAUAACCCUCCCAUUGAAUUAAACGUGAGCAAAAGCUGCCAUAUUUUGGCUGGUCAUGUCUCAAAACAAUAACACCAGUGUUGGCAAGACACCAUACCACUACUACUGUAUAUACCCUUGUAGCUGUGUGGGACGUGAAAGUAAAUACAGGCUAAAGCCAAGGAUCACUUAGAAGAAACCAGUUUGCCUAUUGUCAUCCUGUAUUCUUGUUGCUUUUUAUAAAGUAUACUUAUUUUUAACCCAAACCCCAACUAUUCUGGGCAUAAUAUGAACAGCAUAAUAAGAUGACCACUAAACAAUUAUUUAAUCAGUUUUCCACAGGUAGAGGAUAUGAGUAGGGAAGUAUCUUGUUUGGGGUGAUUUUUCCCAGGGAUUUCUUAGAGAUGAUGACCUAAGUGUUUCAUGAUAUUCAGGUGGUGACAGGAUAGAACUUGGAAAUGAAUGUACAGAAAUAGAAAUAUAAAGCUAGGUUUCUUAAAUAUAGAAGAACAAGCCUUGCUGAUGAUGAAUGAGCAUGGCUUUUGCAAAGGAAAUCCCUGCCUCAUAAACCUUCUGGAGUUCUUUGAGAAUUUCACUUAGCAUUUAGUGUUAGAAAUGGUCCGAUUGACACUUUUACUCAGUCUUCUAAAUACCUUUUGACAAUGCCACUAACCAGAGUCUGCUGAGCAACGUUAACAGUCAUUAUAUAUGAGGAUUGGCACUUUGAUGGAUUGGCAGUUAGUUAAAGAACAGAAAAUAGAUUAAAUAGACAGACUAGGAUUAAAUAGACAGUUUUACACAGUGGUGCAAAGUAAACAGAAGAAUCUGUAGUGGGACUGGCACUGUUUAAAUAAUUAGUUCAUUAUCUGGAGUCAAGGGUGAACAAUGAGGUACCCAAGACUGCCAAAUGAUGGUGGAAACCCAAGAAGAUAUAGAAGGGCUCCAAAAGGACUUCUCUAAAUUUCAUGAAUGGACAAUAAAAUGGGAAAUUAGGUUGAGUGUAAGCAAACCGAUGCACAUUGAGACAAAAUACUCCUGAUUUAGUAUAUACAUUGAUGGUGUGUCAACUGGUAAUGACUAACCCAGGGAGAAGGUACUUUAUGUCAUUAUAGACAGUUCAGUGAAAGCAUCAGUGCAGUUUGUGGCAGUGGUAAAGAAGGCAAAUUCCUUGCUAUAUCUAGGUUAUUAGGAAAUGGAUUGAAAAUAAAACGGCCAGAAUUAUAGUGACUAUAUACAAAUCUACAACUAUUUUUAGAAUGUAGCAUAGAGUUCUGGUCAGCCAAUCACAAAAAAGCAUAUCACAGGACUCAAAAAGAAGCAGGAAAAGACAAAAUGAUCCAAAAGUUGGAGCAUUUUCCACGUAAUUAAAAGCUAAUGAGUUUAUGUCCUUACCAUUCAAUAAACAGCCAAUCUUCCCAUCCAAUUAUCUCUCUGCAUAUAGGAGUCUUCUAUACAUUUGAACAGCAAUAUAUAGAUAUAGAUAAAUAAAAGCUUGCUUAACUUUUUGACACUAAGAGUUUGAAUUUUCCUGUGGGACACACUAAUGAAAAAUGCAUUACAGCUAAUUGAGGAGCACUCAAUCCUCUCACUCCCAAGAGGUUAAUACAUUAUGAGAAGCUGGACUCUUAAGUUUCCCUAGGAGCCAGAAAUCAGCAGCAGAUGCAACAAUAUAAACAUUGUCUCUACAUCUGCUUCAGCUCAGUUCUAACACUUUCUUCAUUUCUCUUAUUCAACAGUGCUUAACAGUUAAAAAGAUAAUUAUGCUACCUGCAUAAAUCUUGUUUCAACAGGCCGAUACGCUUGUUCUAAAAUGGCUCUUUUGGAACAACAUAUCAAUAAUCCUUUUUUAAAUUUUUCUUUGCGCUGAUUAGAUGACUUACACAUCCCACAGCUCUCCCAACCCAUUGAGGUGGCAUGUGUAGAUGCAGGUUUUUGGGUGUGCUUGUAGUGCCAUAUGAAGAACCACAUGGAAGCAGCAUCCCCCGCUGUAUUGAAAACUGAAUGUACAGAAGCAGUGCUGUGCAUGCAGUUCCUGGGAUGGCAUCCAGCAUUCAGGAUAUAUUUGUGGUUCCGUGUCAAUAAUUCAGAGCAUACAACAGUUGGUGUACCAAUGAGUGAUAUCCAACUAAGUCAAAUUCAGGCUAGUACUCUUACUCAAUGAAACCUGAGUCAAUUAUGUCCAUCGAUUUCAGUGGGUCUAUUCUAACAUUGGAUAUCACCCAAGGAUGUCUGGUUUGAAUCUACAACACAUUUCAAGGAACUUUCCAGGGGUUCUAUGGCAAAUAACAUGGAAAAGGUUCUCUGCAGGAAGAAAUUUGAACAUCAAACAAAACUCUUUACAUACACAUACACAUACACAAAAUCCCCAAGUGAUUUAUUUAUUUAUAACAAUAAUUCUAUACCACCAUCAUGUAAAAUAUGAGUGCAGUGUACAAUAUAUGAACAAUAAAAGAAAUAUUAAAAGUAGUAUGUAUAAUAUGUAUUAUACUUCCAUCAUCUUUAGCUUUCUUGGUGAGUUUGUCUUCUGUAAGCAUGUAAUAACUAAUUUAUAAUAAAUAAUAUAAAUAAAUGAAACAUUGUUUGAUUUUCUAUCUACACUAGAGAAAUUUUGAAGCAAUGCACAUAAAUGGUGGUGUGUCUUUAGAUUGCAGGAAUAUACAACUCGCCCUACAGGAAAUCACCGGAUCCAAUGGAAUUGGAAUUAAGGAAAGCAAAACCUUUGAGGCCCAAGAAGAAAAAGGUCAAGAAGGAUGCUGUCAAUCUCCACUGGAAUGCUUAUUCUGAUUUGUUUGGCUUCCAACGAGAGCCAGCUCUUCCUCCUAUUGGGAGACAAAAACCUCAGGUAUUGUGUAUCAAUAACUCCCAAUAUCACCCACAGCUCCAGAGUGUUAAGUAUGUUUAAUCUCGUUGAUUUCAUUGUUCUUGACCGUUAUUCUAGGACAAACAUUCAUGAAAUGACUGAAAGGUUUUUGUUUCCAUCUUUAUGAGAGACCAUGUGUUUUAAAUGGCCACAUAAAAUGAAAGAUGUUAGCAAUACCCUGUACAGUAGUUCCUCGGGUUACAGACACUUCAAGUUACAGACGCUUCAGGUUACAGACUCCGCUAACCUGAGAACAGAAAUUGCGCAGCAGCGGCAUGGCAGUGGGAGGUCCCAUUAUCUAAAGUGCUACCUCAGGUUAACAACAGUUUCAGGUUAAGAACGGACCUCCAGAACGAAUUAAGUUCUUAACCUGAGGUACCACUGUAUAUAAUAGCUCUCAGGCUGCAAUUGUUGUUUUAUUCAGGAGAUCUGGUUUAAUCAACCUUAAUGGGAAUGGAACUUUACAUUCAUUUCAUUGUGGGAGAAAGUUCCACAUACUUAAAUCACAGAACUUUCCCAAGCAUUGAAGGGAAUGGACUAUCCCUGUCCCUCCUCACAGAGAUGGCUAUGAGUACAGUGGAAUCUUGGUUCUCAAACCUAAUGCGUUCCAGGAAUCUGUUCGACUCCUUAAACUGUUUGAAAACCAAGGCAUGGCUUCCGAUUGGCUGCAGGAGCUUCCUGCACUCAAUCGGAAGCCGCGUCAGAUGUUUGGCUUUUGAAAAACAUUUGCAAACUGGAACACUCACUUCCGGGUUUGUGGCAUUCGGGAGCCGAUUUGUUCAGGAGCCAAGCUAUUCGGGAACCAAGGUACCACUGUACAUUCUUCGGUGGGGCAUUCCAUAGCACAGAAGAGAAUAUGACAGUCCCUUCAUGCCCUGAGCUCUGCGUGCCCUGUGAAGGUUUCACAAAACGUUGAGUUAUCUCCAGUACCUAGAAGGAGUCCCAUCAGUGUUUCAAAUUGUUUUUGCCCAGUACCAUUUUCAAUCUCAGAAUCAAAAUAACAGAAGUGAUGACAAUUUCAUCUUUCUUUAUUUCCUCCCGCUCACACAAUGUUCACUUAGAAUGUCAUUUGCUGCUGAUCCAACUGAGUUGCAAUGUUAAUUUCCCUGACUAAAAGAUCAAUUUACCAUGGGUAGAAGAAUGAACAGGCAACAUACAUUUCUAAGGAGUACAUCUCUCCCUAUAUUGUGUAAAGAUCUCUUUAAUAUUUUAAAAUCAAAGUGGAAAUCCUAUUGUUUCUGGAACUACUUUCUGCUGCAAACUUGAACUCACUGAAAUUGGUUAUAACAGUUAAUGGCCAUUUAAAAUCAAUUAGGCUCUUCCCUAGAGUAGAUGGGAGUAUCUCCACUAGCCUCCAAUUUGCCAAAAUACAGUUAUACUACGUGUUGAUUUGCUAGGUUUCUCUUGUUUAGGCUACUUUGGAGCAUUUCCCCCCCAGUUUAGACACAGACAAAGAAACUUACACAAGAAAGCCUUUCAGAACAAAGAGAAGACUUCUACUUAUUCCCCUGCACAUUGAAGAGGGAAUUUACUGUAUAAUACUUUAAUCCUUUCAGUGCCCUGGGAUGUACACUGUGGAGUAAAUUUUCAAAGUACAGUGCAUGGAUUUAACUGUGCGACUCUCAUUGAUGUUAAUGGGAGUCACACGGCUAAAUCCCUGGACAACACAAUUUAGAGGUGUAUGUUUGGGAAAGGACAUUGGUCUGAGCUGAUGAAACAGCUGGAAUGAAAAUCCAACAGAAUGCACUGUUCUUAAAGUGGUCUGGUGGUGUGACAAUGAGGGAUUUAUAAUUGCUAGCUAUCCUUGUGACUUAGUACUCAGUGACAGCAGCAUUUGACAUUAAACUUGUGUACCUUACACAUUAGGCCCCAUGUGAGUGUUAAGAUACCAAAAUGUGCUCAAGGAGAGUGUUAAAACAAGAGUUUGUAUUCAUGUCAAAUUUUCAGACUAAACAUUUAACUAUCUAUUGGCUUUCUCAGGCAGUAUAUGGGAAAAUAUUGUGUGUGUGUGUGUAUGUAACACACACACAUAUAUUCAUACUGUUGAUAUAUAUUCUGUCAGAUCUCUGACUUUUAUCACAGAAUUAACUAGAAUUACAAAACACUGGAAACAAAGAUUGUGAAAUUAGUUGUCACUUUAUUAAAGGUAAUUAAGAACAUCUACAUUGCUUUAUUUUCUCUCUCCCCCUUAUGGCCUGCUAUGCAAGGCAAACAGGAUAGGAUCAGAUGCUAAGGUUCUUGGAUCAUUUGAGUUAUCAUCCAUAAAUGCAGUGAAACAUUCAGGAUAGUACACUCAUCUGGUGUGCAAGAAGUUGUAUGAAUCAGAUACUGUUGUUAGACCUCAGGCUGAGUUACCAAAAUUGGCCUCCAAACCAUAAUCAGAGCUUUUCUGGAUCAAACUAUAUUCCAAAAUCCUGUUCAUACAGUGACCAAUAGCGAGUAGCCAUUGAUUGUCUUAUCCUCUAGGUCAGCCUUUCUCAACCUGUGGGUCCCCAGAUGUUGUUGAACCACAACUCCCAUCACCCCUAGCUAGCAAGGCCAGAGCUCAGGGAUGAUGGGAGUUGUAGUCCAACAACAUCUGGGGACCCACAGGUUGAGAACCGCUGCUCUAGGUCAAUGGUUCCCAAUUGGUAGUUUUAUGAGAGGUGGAGAAAAACCUUUCUCUACCUACUUUCUCCACACCAUGAAAAAUCAUUUAGAACUUGAUAAUUUUGGUUACUCUUUUCUGAAACUUUACCUUUUUUGAGGUGAGGCAACCACAAACUGUACACAGCACUCCACAUAUGGUUAUAUCAUAGCUUGGGGUAAUGGCAUUAUGAUAUUAGCUGUUGGUUUUUUUAAUGACCCCCAAAGUGAGAUUUCACAGCUGUAGGGUUGACAUCAUCAUGCUAUCAACUAUGAUCCCAAAGUCCCAUCCUUUCCAUCCAAUGCAUGUGUAGAGGCAAAUUGCUUUAAAGUGGAAUGCCACUGUAUGCAACAUUUACGCCAUGUAAAUUGUAUGCAACAUUUACACAUCAAAAGCUACUGUAAGCAUGGACUUCCCCAUUCAUUCCAGUGGAGACCACUCUGCAUUCUUUUUCUGUGUAUAGAGCUUCCCUUUUUCAUAAUAUUAAGGGGAAAGAACUUAUAGGUUCGUGCACACCAGAUCCCUGACUCAUAAGGAGAUUGCUGUAUUUUGAUGACAGAAUGCAAUUCCGCAUGCACUUAAAUGCCUCUGCAGUAAGGCAUGGUCUUAUGUAUGUUGGAUUGUGCCCAUAACAGCAAAACAUAGCAGGGGUGCAAGAUGGUAGGAAUUAAGUGAGAACUUUGAAAUGGAAAACAAUGUAAGUCUUCUAUUUUACUGUUUACACUGAAUCCCCAUUCUGUGCUUAAAGGACUAUCAUCACCUAAAUAAGAUCAUGGUUAAUUCUUUCCCCCAUUUCAUGUUUUUAACUGCAAAUUUCUAGAUAACAUAAGCAAAUAAUGUGCAUUAUUUUGAGUCAAUUACUUGAUUGCACUCAUUACUCCUGUGAAACCUAAUAAACUUUUUAAUUUCUUUUUCACACCUUUAAAAGCUCUGUAGUGGUCCCAAUAAAAUAAAUUUAUUCUUGGCGUAACCCUUUUGGAAAUGAAGGAGGGGGGUCCUGGCACAAUGAAUAACUGCUAUGAUCACUUGCUUCCUUCUUUUCAGGAGACCUGGCAAUUGGGGUGCUGUGCCUUUAAAAAGUAAAGUUCCAAUAAAAAUCCAUUAACAACUUUCAAAUAUAGCAAUCCUUCUGUCCAGCUGUGAAAAGUACUAGAUGAUACUUAUUUGCCAUUUGUGUUAUUUACGGUCCGUGACUUUUAUGGUAACUGGUUCCUAUUAUUGGUUUCUAUUAAUGUAAAACAUAAGUGAACAUAAAUGAGGCGUGAAUCAUUUCUUUUUAUUAGCCCUGCAGUCUUCACUCAGUUCUUGCAGUAACUCCAGCUGUGGCUUGUUAGUGAUAACCUAUUUAAAGAAAGAGAUCCUUCAGAAUAAGAGGCAUGAUUAGGAUUGUUGCCCCCACCUCCUUAUCUUGGGUGAGAUUGUUUCACUACUUCAGUGUUAGGACAACAGUGGUAAAAAGGAAAACAAGCUGUAAUUGGCAACUCAGCAAUAGUCAGCUGCCUGUAAAUUGUAUUGAGUUACAGUGCUAAUGAUAUUUACGGUACGUUCAUACUUACUACCUAAAGGCAAGAGGUGGGGUAACCCUUUUUAAAAACACUGGAUAGAUUUUUCCUUUACCAAAUAUCAAUGGUCUGGGUUCCCACAAACAUAGUGUUAGCUUGUCAACAUUUCUGUGUCUGGAGCACUUCAGACUGUUGAUGGCAGAUCAUACAGCAAAUUCUGUCCACCCAGCACCCAAUUUAUUUAUCCACAUAGAAAACUAACAUAGAAAAGGCUCUUCUCCCUCACAUUUUUGUGUGUGUGUUUGUUAUAAUUUGGAAGCAUAUUCAACCAUACAAGCCCCUGCUAAGUCUAGAAUGGUAUAGUUCAGAUAUGAUUCAUCACUUCUUCCACUGUUUGUGAUAACUCAGCAAAUGUGUAAUUAUAUUAAUAUAAUUACAGUCUGAUAAAAGCUUACUUAUUAAUCUAUAGAAAAUUAUCACAAGAUUAGGUAAGGACCCAAAACUAUUAAAUUUAGCUUUUCACCAAGAUUCGAGAGAGAAACAAGCCUACUCUUAGAUGCAGACACAUCAGUGCUAGGCUGCUAAUAAAAAUCAAAGCAAAGAGGAACAGCCCCAAUACAGAACGCAUUUCUUCUCCUGUACCUUUCAGGGCCCAUUUCGUGAUCCUGUUGAAGUGUUGCAGCAACGCUAUAAGCCUUUGGAACCGUCUGUGCAGGUGGCAGCUUCAAACGUUUCACUGGAGCUUGCCAGAGAAAAAAUUAAACAAGAAGAGUGGAGAAACCGUGUACAUGAUGAAGUGUAAGUUGCUUGCUUUCCCCUCCUGUUUUCGCAUCACUGUGCCUCUUCUUUUUAUAUCUUUUACUGUUGCUUGAUAGACUCAAAAAAGCUGUUGAUUCUGAAAAGUUGAAAAGCAACCAUUAAGCAUAAGUCUAUCUAAGCAUCAUAUUUCGUGGACCAAGAUUUUCAAAUGUCUUAGGCCCUGAUCUAUUCACCCAGGAAAGCUGAAAUACUUGGAUUUAAGCUUGUUUAGCUGAGUUGAGGUCAAUGGGGCUAAAUCGGUUUAAAACCAAGUCCAUUUCAUCUUGAUUGAUUUGUGGAUUGGGCUAUUAUUCUGUAAUAAUCCCACUUAAGUAGUUAGGUUAGCCGCUUCAGAUGACAAGCCACUGAACAGCCCUGAUCUUAGUCAAGCAAAUCAGACACUCCUGGCCAGAAGAGAACUCCACUGCUUCGUACUUCUUCACCAAAUACGUGCAAGCUUUCACUGCAGGCUGUACCUCACCCAACCCCAUCCCAGCAUGGUUCAAUAAUAGCUUCCUUGCUGUGGCUGCAUCUGAGAAAUAAUUAAGGUAAUUCCACACCACCUGGAACAUGCUUGUAGGCCUGGUAUGCUUAUAGGCCAAGGCAACUUGCCUAUUUGAAAAGUACUUGAAAACUGGAAUGUUUUCCUUUAACAGACUAAACUCUGAAUAUAAAGAUUAUCCGAUAAGACUGAGCUGAGGGAGUUUAAUAGACCCUUUAUAUACUCACGUCAGUAUGGCUGGCCAAGACUUCCAACAACAGUUUUGCAAGCAUAGACGCAAUUUUCAUUUACUAAACUGAAAUAAAUAUGUGGUAGUAACUUAAACAGGAGCUGUGCAGGCAAAGUACCAGGCUUGGAAGUGUGGGAAUUUAACUUUGCAUCAUUCUCUCUUUUAUGACUAUAUGGUAAAGGAAGAAUUCUAAGGUUUUACAGUGCCGAAAUGGUUUGAUAGGUGGCCUACCCACAUACAAAUUCAUGUGUGUGCUCAGCAACUCAAAAUAUUAUUGACACUGUCACUUUUGUUAAUACGGUUGAUCUCAAGGUGUAGGAAACCUAAAUCUACCCAUGGGGCUCACUUGACCUGGAUUUCAUCCACCAGCCCUCCAGAACAGGAAAUCAAAUCACUGUGCCAGUGGCUUCUAACCCAGUGUAGGGAACUAUAUACAUCCAGUUCUGGGAAUCAUAUGCACUGAACCCCUUUAUCUGCACUGUCCCCAAUACAGCAAAAGAUGCAUUUAUGGAAACUGGCUUCUGGUUAUGUGUUGCCCUCACUGUCAGGCUGUUUGAGGUUUAGAAUGUGCAUUUACAAGUUUGAAGAGCAUGGGCAGUUAUGAAAACAGGCACUGAAUGUUAUUCCUUGCAAAUCUAACACAUCUAAAACUUUUUUCAAGUUAUGUCUAGUUUGUCAGAUGCUUUGCAACUUUAGCAAUUUGCAUAUUUUCUGGACUAUUAUUGUAUUAUGAUAAACAGGGAUUAUCAUAUAUUUUCAGAUAAUGUUUUCUUAACAAUUCAACUUCUAUUUGUAACUCUUCCAUUUAUUUUAAUUACUAGCACAGUGUGCAACAUUUAUUAAUCAGCAGAGCCUUUUUAAGUUAAAAUACUAAAUUAGCUAACCCCAUUAACACAGAAUACUCCAAACAAGCAGUAAUAGGAGAGGUAGUUACUGUGCAAAUCGUAUUAUACAUGCGGGUGCUCUAGGGCACAGUUAAGCAUGAUUACCCUCUUUUGAUCCAGUAUUCCUCUGCCUCUUCUAGCUAAUUUCCAGUGGAAAUUUACAAAGUGGUGCCUUCAUUUUUCCAGCUUAAUUUUUCUAAUGAAGUUCUGGUACUUUAUAACACUGGGGAUAUAGAUAAUAAGUCUGUAUAUAAUUAAGAAGUUCUAGAAUGUGUCCGCAAAGAAGAGGUCUCAUUACUUUUGCUUUAUACGAGAAGUGGGCUAGCAUUUGUCUGCUGCUUUUACUUCUACUGCAGGCUGGGAUUAAAACCAAAACAGCCCAAUGAUUAUUAGUGUUAUAUCAGAAAACAUAAUGCAGGCAGCGCAAAAACAACCCUUGUAACUGAAAUAUAGCCAAUGUAAGACUAUGUAAAGUUUUUAAAUAAUAAUUCUUAAAGAUAUGACUUCUUGAGAGGCACUUUAAGCACAACCUAACUCGUUUUCUCUUUUCUUUUUUUAGCCUUCAGUUGUUACACAUAAAAUUAUAUCUAGCACAGGGGAGUUGACUGAAAACAACUAUUGCCUUAGACCUGUUGUCUUGGAAGGGAUGGGAAUUAAAUAACGUUUAAUACAUGCUUUCAUAAAUCAGACACUUUUUAUAGUUUAGUGCAUGUGCUGCUGCAGCUAAUGCAGUACCAUUUCAUUAAUGUGCUCUGAUCUUGUGCUCUCCUUAAAAGAUUUGCAGGGCUAAACACAGUUCCUUCUAACAUUGGUCGCAAAACAUUCAACCCAUAGAAUGAAUACAGGUCCAUGGGCCAUACAUAGCAGCCUACCAGGGUGCUCAGCAAGAAUAUUUGAUUCUUCUACUCCUUGGGGUGACAGUUUGCUUUCCGGCCAAGUGUCAAAGAAUACCUGAUACUCAAAUGACUGCAUGUAAUAAACCUAACAGGCAUACAAGCCAAAUAGCAGAGAAAACACAUAACAUUGCACAGUGCAUUCUUCACUCUGGACUGUUAAUGUGCUCAUUCAUUGUAUAUAUGUAUAUAUUGGCCAGUAGUGGGUGGGCCUUGGCGUUGUCCUCAUGCCCCCUAAGGAACAUCCUUCAGGUGAGGACAGUGGUUCCAUCAGUAAAUGAGUGUCAUUAAUCCAGACAAAGAAAUUAUUUAUCAGAAUGCUAGGCCUUAGCUUCUAAACCAGCCUUUCUUAACUUGGGUCUCCAGCUGUCAUUAGACUACAACUCCCAUCAUCCCUAACCACUGGCCAUGAUGGGAAUUAUAGUCCAACAACAUGUUGGAGACCCAAGGUUGAGAAGGGUUGUUCCAAACAGUUGGGUUCUGGGACCCAGGAGAAGCUGGCUCUCAAUCCAAGUGGGUCAGAAGCAGGGAGGUGGUCCAAAGCAAGUGGUGGUUCAAGUUCCAAGCAAUCAAUCAAGCCCCAGAAGGGACAGGAGUAGAUGCAUGGGCCAAACUAGGGGACUGACCGUUAGGCAGAAUCCUCACACAAUGAGACAAGUUGUCAAACUAACCAGCAAGCUUUGUGACUCCAGCUUUAUAGGGCGUGAUGGACAAGGAUUGACUUUUUGGAUCAGCUGGUGGUACUCAGGCCUUGGCUUGUACAUCCACCAAGUUCAGUCUUCCAGUCUUGCACUGGAAAGAAAGUACUGGUAGAGCAGGAGGUAUAAUGCUGGAGUCUCACUUGCUCUCUCACACAAAACUGAACUGCUCUCUUUGAGGGCCACUAAGUAAACCCUAUAACCUUCCAUCUAAGCUUGUUUCCUUGAGGUCCAUCUUAUUAUGACCACAAAACACACUGCUAGGCCGCAAAUGACGCUGUACACCAUCACCAGAUUUGUUUAUAUUUGAUUUCUUUUGUGUUGCAAUUUUCAAGCAGUUUUGUUUCUAAAAUGACAGGAGCUCACUGUGUCCUACCUUGAGAACUUCAGGUUAGUCACAAAUCUUCUACAGGAAGGUCUGAAUUCUUUAUGAUCAUCUAAAGCCUAGCUUGGGUUAAUGACUUUAUCUCAAGGUUUAAAUACAGUUCCUGUGCUAUUUUGCUCUGGCAAUCCAAUAUUAAAACCCUAGUACAACUGCCAAGAUGGAAGCCAUUUCAUUACAUAUUUUAAUGCAAGUCACAAUAUAUAAUUAGAUCAUGAAAUCCUUCACUUUCUGUAAACAUUUGUGUUUUGAAUCGGGGCUAUUCUCAGUGUCUUUUAUUAUCAAGAUGCAAGGCUUUCCUGGGUUAUAAAAUUAAGAAUUUCUACUAAUAAAUGCCAAAUGAAAGAAUCCUAUAAACAAAAGAAUCUGCAUAUAUUUCUAUUAUAAACCAGGCAUAUUGUCUUUGAUGUUUUACAGCACUUAACAAUGUAUUCCUUAUUAUAGAAAGUUAUUUUUACAUACACCUUGUUCUGAGCUUUAAGACUACCCUAAAUUCCAUGCAUUCGUGGGCAAAUUCCUUUGCUACUAGCCUUGUCUUUCAGUCAUCAUCCAAUCCCUGGAGAGAGCCAAUUUUCUUUCAUGUCUGAACAAAAGAAAAAUGUACUAUUAAAAUGCAAUUCAGAAGUGAUAAAAACUGUAAGUGGAGCAGCCGGCUUCCAGCAACUCCUAUGUAUACUCAGGGACAUUGGGGCCACAUUAAUUUUUUUUGUGUGUGAUGUCCAUCCCAUGUGCAAAUUAGCCCUAGAAGUGCUAUAAUCUGUCUUAUAUGAAAGCCACCUGCCCCAUGAGUAUAUACAUGCUUCUGUAGCUUUGUAUAAUUUAAAGCUCUGCUACUUCUGUGCUUUUGUUUUGUUAAUUUUCAAGAGCCCUUGGUUUUGAAUUCUUUAUGGGCAAUUUGACUGGCCAGAUGCUAAUAAAGACCAAUUUGUUUCCCCACAAGGAAGGUUUAUUGAUAUAAUUUACUGUUGAUGACAUAUUAAAUCCUUUCAGUAAAGGAUUUAAAAAUAGAAUUCAGCAGUUAAAAUAAGAAAAUCGGGGGUUUUUUCAGAUGGCAUCACAAAAAGUAGUACGCAACCAUUAAAAACUUUCUAUUGGAAGCUUUUCAAAAAGAAAAAGAUAAUAAAUGUUUCCUAUCUUUUUUAAAGGGCCUCUUCUUUUUUCACUUUACACUGUUCAGUAUAGCAUCUGGGGGAAAUGAAAACUUAAUUUAGCCUUCUGAUAUCUGGGCACAAUAACAUUUUGCCUCGUGGUACAGACAGUGAUCUAAUAAUUUAGGGUAUGAUCCACAGAGUCUUUUUCAUAAAUGCCUCUACUCUCAGGGAGCACCGUAAUUACCCUUUCUUACUACCAGGGGUGCCAACUUGAAUAAAUUAUUUUGGAGGCCCAGGUAAGCCCUGCCCCGCAUAACCGAUCACAUGACACAAUGCGUAAUUGAUCACAUGACACAGUCCCACAUAUACCAUUUGAAUGGAAAUGCCCAUCAACUUUGUGGGGCCCCUGCCCCAUCUAAUAUUUUAUUGUGGGGGCCAAAGCCCCCAUAGCCCCUGGGAGUUGGCUUCUAUUCUCACUACAGUAUUAUGGUAUCCUAUUUGAUGCCCCACCUAAUGAGCAAACAACCAACUUUUUCCCCUUAGCAAGAACUUCUCUUGAUGUCAAAUUACUUUCCUGCACCUCCACACCUGAAGGCAAGGGGUAGUUACAUUGCUUACCACUGAUGUUUUAUUGGAGUCUGAUACAAAAUGAAUUCUGUUCAUGUCUCCAGAACCCAUAGAUGAGGUACGGGAGAAAUCCCCACCAGGACCUAGUUCCUAGUGAAGAAAUGGGGAGAUGUGUGGGGGCCUGACUGGCUCUCCAAGGUUUCAGGCAGGAGUCCUAUCCAGCAGUGCCAGGGAUUGAACCUGUGACCUUCUGCAUCCUAAGGUCACUGAGUUGCCCUUCUCAGCCAGCUCAGCCUCCCCACCUCCAUUCUGCCUCUGAUGCACUCAGGAACAGUGUGCAGGAUUCAUAAUACAAUGGCACAUUGGUUCCCAAACGGCUUAGUUGUCGAACAAAUCAGCUCCCAAACGCCGCAAACCUGGACGUGAGUGUUCCAGUUUGCGAACAUUAUUUGGAAGCCAAAUGUCUUCUGCGGCUUCUACAGCUUCCGAUUGAGUGCAGGAAGCUCCUGCAGCCAAUCGGAAGCCAUGCCUCGGUUUUUGAACGGUUUCGGGAGGCGAACAGACUCCCGGAACGGAUUAAGUUUGAGAACCAAGGUGCCACUGUAAUCAUCAUCAUCAUCAUCAGAAUUUCGGCAGCAGCAUUUUGAACCAGCUGAAGUUGGAAACAGUUUCCAAGGGCUGUCUCAUGACCAGCAUAGUGCAGUAGUCCAAACCAGAAAUAACUGAAGCACAUGGCACAUAGCCAAAUAAGCUCUCUCUAGUGAUUGGUCUGAAGUUUUAGAAAACGAAAUACCUGAAGCUGUCCCUGAGUUGGCAAAGAGUGAUAUUUUUAUCCCGGUCUGUCUUUUGGUUAUUGAAGAAUCAUUUGGCCCCAGAAUAGGCUGUACAGGCAAUGGCUGAUUUACACACAUUGUGGUGACCCGGAAGUGGUCAUAAAAGGGGGCAGAAUGGGGGUGGGCAGAGCAGGCUUAUGCACACUCUACUGGCACACGUGGGAGUCAGGAGUGUAAUCCCUGCACACAUCAGUCAUUGCCUUUACUGCCAUCAUUUCUGUUGAGAUGAUGAAGUUUUUAUAAAGCAGCUUCUGUGUAAUUUACUUUCAGCUGUACUAUGCAAAAUGAAAGGCAUAGGGGAGAAGUAAAGGGGGGCAUUCAUUAACUAUGUAACAGCAAUGAUAGACUAUGGCUGUAUAAAAUGGUUGUGCACUGAAACAAAUGCUUUCCACAUUUUACAGUUCCCUUGUGAUUUAUAUGACCUGUACUAGUAGAAUGAAAAAAUAUAUUAAAUAAACAUAUAUGUGUUUCACCUUUCAGGUUUUUGCCAUUUUCAGGCCACAGAGUUGAUAAGUAUGUCCCAUCAAUCCAAACAGCAAGUAAAUAUGGUCAAUCGAGUUACGGGCUCAAACACUUCCGGGAAGAACACCCAGAGAAAUGGAUAACAAAUAAGGUGAGUUAUGUUGGGAAACCAAAGCAAAGUUACAGCUUUGUAGACUUCUUAAAAAUAUCAAAAUCAAUCAGAUACACUCCACUAAAUCAAUUUCUACUGAAAUGACAUAAAAGCUCACUGAAUUGGGAAACUAUACAGAGCUUUCAGGAGAGUAAAAUAUGAACUGAAACUCCUCUGCUGUAUAUCGAAGAAAAAGAAAAAAUGGAAAUUGUUAAAAAGAAUAAGCUUUUACUUUUUAAAAAAUCAGGUAAAUAUGAAGCUAUAGAAAUAUUGCCCUAAUUAUUGAAAGGUGAUGCUUAAAAAUUACUCCUCCUCCUCAAGGCAAUAAGGAAUAUAAUAAGUGCAGCAAUGGUACACAAUAAUUAAGAACAUCACAAUACACACACACACACACACACGGUGGUUUGGCAUAAUGAAAUUAAAACUUUCACUUACCAAUAAUGUAUUUUAAAAAGUAUUAUUCUUAGGGCUGCAUUUUGUAAGACGGGUAGUUUCCCUUUUCUGCACUGAAGAACAUUCAAAGAUGAGGGUGCUCAACGCUUUACACCAGUUCUUGAGAUUGUACCAAAAGGAUUAACAUUUCACUGCAUUGAAAUGAACAGGGAAGUCUAGCAAAAGAAGGACCUCAGUGCGCGCAUGCACAGCAUAAGUGAUUACUGGAUAAAAGUCCAGUUCCCCAAAUUAUAUGCAACAACCUUACCCUGGUUUUUGUUGUGUGUUUUUGUAUUUCUAUUAAGAGUUUCAAACAUAUUUUGUUAAUACAUUAAAGAAAACAGGCAUAGGGCAAUCACAGUUGUUGAUAACAUUGCCAUACUAUUAUAUAAAGGAUCAGUGUGAUUAAGUCGACAAGAAGUUGGGGGUCAAAUGAAGAGGAGAAUUAUGGUUGUGUUUCUUUCUGGCUGAGGUGAGCAAGGAAGAAGAGAUGGAGAUAUUAGGGGGUUUUUGUGUGUUGUUCUUGAUUACAUUCAGGGUUAGAAGAACCUACCUCCUCAAAUGGCAGCAAAGUUCAACACACACACCUGAAAAAAUGGUGAACUCACACCUCUCUUUGGGGACCUAAAUUUGCUUCCUUUCCCUGUGAGGAUCACAUAAAAUAGGGUGACCUUUCCCCCCAACCCUGUUUGUUUUACAAAGAAGGAGAAAAUAAUGGUGGAAUCUUUCAAUAACAAGAGAAGAAAAUAGUUUGUCUGUUACUUUCUCUCUUUCCUGACUAGACAUGACUGGAAAUGUAUUGCUGUUUUCAGACAUUUCCAGAAUUGUCUGAUUUGCUAAAAUCUCAUUUCAGAAUUUCUUGCUACAGGCCUCAAUGUUUCUCAAAACUUUUAACAUUGUAUAAAUAGCUGUUCAGUGGAAGGAAUUCAAUAUGGGAUAGGAUGUCAAAAGUUUAAAAAUGGAACUAAUAUAGAUCAUCAGUCACAAAGCAUGAAAUGGAAAGAAAACAAUUGAACAAUUGCUUCUCGGCUGCUUUUCUGAGUUCUUGUCAGUUUGGGGAAGCAAAAAAAUUCUGAUUUUAUGUAAGCUCCCUGUAGACUCAAGUUAAAAGAGACUACAUAGAAACUGCUCUGCACACUUGGGUUCUGCUACCUUGACACAUGAUUUUCUCUGUAGCAUCCUGGGGUGGGGAUUACAGCCUACUAGAUACGCUAACAGUUUACAGUGUCAGAUGAUAAAAUUCAAAUAAUUGCUGCCCAAGAUACUGACCUUUUGACCCACUCUAGUUCAUAGCUGCAUUAGUCUAUAGCAGCAAAAUACAUAUUUGGGCUCCAGUUCUGCAGCUCAAAUCCCAUAGAAAUCAAUGUGAUUUAAGCAACCUUAAUGUGAACUGAACUGCAGCUUUUGUUACCUAAUUGAUAGUGGCUUCAUUCAGAUGCCAUGCUAAAUCAUGGUUUGAUGCUAUAGGAAAGAGCAGCGGUUACGCGCUCCCUCCCCACCAUGCAUAUGCUGUACUUCAGUUGUAAUUUGGCUUGAACAAACCAUAUUUUGAUGUUUCAGUGGUAAAACUGUUUUGUACUUGCCCUCCAAACUAAAAUCGCAAACAUGGUUUGAAGCUGAAGCUGUUUUGCAGUCUUGGUUUGGAGGGCAUGUGUAACCCAUGUUUUGUCAGUUUGACAUAAAAGCAACCUAUGCUUUGAUCAUAUUAGGAAAUAACUAAUUGAAGAGGAGCUUGUGGGACCAGGAGAGAGGAAAGGGGCAUGCGCACACACAGACACAGGACUCAUUCCUACAGUGUCAAACCAUAAUUUGAGAACCAACACAAUAAUAAUUGUAGCCUAAGAAGAGAUUAAACACACUUUGGUUCAGUUCAGACGUAACAGAUACCAUGGUUUCUUGCCAUGCUGAGACCUGCACUUCCUCCUCUCCCUUAUUUCCACCUACAAUGAGAAAUUGAAAGCCACUUUUGCGCUUAAGCUAGCUGUGUGUUAUGAUAUAGAAGCAAUGCAGCUGCGAGCUGCUAGCUUGAAAACAUCACAUGAUGUUGGGACUGUCCGUGGGAAACAGAGGGACAGUCAAUUCACAGUGCGAAGCACCGGAAUUAGCUCAGAGGGUAAUAUGAGCUGUACAGGAAGUACAGGAAGUGUUGGUCACUCGACUGCUGGAGUUUGAAGAGAGCAGUCAUGUUUUUUGUAAUGCUGCAAAGACAGAAAUAAAGGCAUGUAAAUACGUUUCUGUCUAUCUCUUUCUCCUGCCGGGGGGGGGGGCAACAAAGAGGGGGGGGUGUUCUUCUCACGCUGAGAAGAAUCGCCUAUCGCGACCUAGCCUGGAUCUUGCCGGGAAAGCAGACAGGGAGGUCAACAGGAGACCAAGCCGGGUGCCUGGGAGAGUUGCCAGUUUCUCCUGAUAAAGGCUUGAUUUCCGACAUCGUGGUUCCCCAUUUUGUCCAGACUCGGAGAACUGUGGUUUGUUUAAACCAGGAGCAGGGAACCUUUGGCCCUCUGGAUGUUGCUGAACUACAACUCCCAUCAGUUCCAGCAAGCAUGGUCAAUGGCUAGGGAUGAUGGGCAACAUCUGAUAGACCAAAAGUUUCCCACACCUGUGGUUCUGACAUAAUGGGAAAUUGUGAUUAAGUUAAAAGCUACAGCCUUAUAUUUCUUUUUCAAUUUUUUUAUAUAGCAUUGUGAGCUUCUUUGUGAACCCAAGCUGAAAUUUUAAAGUAGGACGUGGGCCUGAGUCACAGGUCUGAUUUAGGAUAGAAAUGAUCUACCAAAUCCAUGUUCGCAACUUUGUCUAUUGAACCAAAAUGAACAUAGAGUAACAAUGUCUUUAAAAAUGGAGGCAAUGGAGGCUUUUAUUUCUCUAUCACCAGUUGAGUACAUGGUGCACGUACAGAGAGCAGCUAGCGGUACGACCAUACUAGUGGUUGCUGCUAAGGUGGUGGCAGUUCUAGGUUCAGUAUUUGUUGCCUAUUUUGGCAUAGUUCAGAAGGAGGGUCAUAGUAUUGCUGUGUCCAUGCAGCGAAGUUGAUAGCAGACCACUGGCAAAGAUCAUAUAUUCAUAUUUCCGAGGCACUAGCAGAAUUAUUACACAGUAAAUUACUAAAAUCACUAUAAAUCAACUUAAAACUCAGAUGAACUUUAUAUAUCUAUAUAUCUGAAAGAUUUAAGGUAAAGUAAUGUGCUUUGUUCAGACGUUACACUUGACAAAAGUAUUUUCCUUGGUUCAAAGCUUCCAAAUGACUAAUACUGCCCUUACAACUGCGAAGUUUCAGGAUUCAGAAACUACCAGAUGCCAUGAAUUUAAUCAACACUGAUAGAUCCUAUGAAACUGGACAGACAAGCGAUCAGAUAUACUAACUAAUCUUUCAGUUGUCAGAACACUUGCACUCUCUCAAUAUUCACUGAAGCAGAAAUUAUAGCCUACAGCCUUUAAUCUGAAGUGGAAUUAGUUUUCAUAUGCGUUUUAAGACAUCUGGCUUUUAAUGGCAGUAAUUUUUGGUAUGUCCUUGUUUUUGCAAACAAGGAAGUGGCAUUCUUUGUAGAGCUUUCUGCUGUUUGCCUUAUUAUAGGUGACUUACAACACAGAUGCGUGCCUCUUUCCUUAUUUGCGCAUGCAUAUUUGGCCCUAAAUAGAAUUUUAUUAUCUACAAAGCAUAAAAAUAGCCAGCACUCCAAAGAAUUGAUUUAGAGAACCUAAGCAUAUUGCAUAGAACAUAAAGUUGACCUUUACCGUCUGCAGCUUUUGAAAUGGAGUGGGAUGUGGAACACAUCAUAGGCUUAAUGUGGCACAACGCUGUCUGCAGAAACUUGGGUGGGACUGUGACUGCCUGCCCAUUGCACCCGAUGAUUGAAUCUGCUGUCACCAGCAUCCUGAUAAUAAUGAACAUUCAGCUUAACGACCGUGAUUAUGAUUAUCAUAAUUGAUGUGUGAGUGCAGUGUGUGGGGAUCAUUACAGCUAAACUGUACGGCAGAGAAACAUGGCUUAGUUAUGGAUAAUUUUACUUUUGCACACUGAUUGGGAUAAAAUAUGCUUUUCAAGCUCAACAGUCCAUCCUACUGCAAUUUCAGGAAGAAGUCUGUAUAUGUGAAUUGAUGAUCCAAGCACGCUGCAAAACAGCCAGUCUAGCUGUUUGUUUAAAAUGGUUUCAUUUCAUUAAUAUUGGCAAUUAAUUAGGUAUCAAGAAAGGGGAAACCUCUUCUGAGUUGCCAGUUGCAUUAAUCAGAUACCAAGUUCCUUGCAUAGGCUGAAAAGAAAAAUAUUUAGCUAUGCACAACUGGUGCAGUUCCAUUGAUAAUGGCAAAGACAUUUUACCUUUGUAUUGUCAGUGCCAAACUAAAAUAACAUUUAUCUGUUUUCCUAAUGUCUUGGCAAAACUGGCAGAAAAUAUUAUAAAGAUAAAGCCGCCAAGCAUAUAGAAGAACAAGCCUGGCUGAAGCAGAACCAGCAUGGCUUCUGCAAGGGGAAGUCCUGUCUCAACAGGCUUUGGGAACUUACUGCUUUUAAUGAAAGGGCUGGUGCCAUGCUGUUUUUAUUGUAAUUAUUUGGAUGGUUUUAGUAGAUUGUUUAUGCAUAUAUAUAUAGUUUUAAUUCUAUCAGUGUUUAAUUGUUUUUAAUGAUCCUCUUGUGGAUCAGGAACUGGUUAAGUAAUGGGAAAUAGAGAGCAGGGAUAAAUGGACAAUUCUCCCAAUGGAGGGCUGCAGAAAUGGAAGUUCCCCAAGGAUCGGUAUUGGGACCUGUGUGUUUCAACUUGUUCAUAAGCAAUUUAGAGUAAGGAGUGACGUGGCCAAGUUUGCAGAUGAUCCUUAACUGUUCAGGGUUGUUAAAAUGGGAUUGUGAAGAGGUCCAAAGGGACUUCUCCAAACUGAGUCAUUGGGUGGUAAAAUGGCAGAUGCAAUUCAGUAUAAACAAGUAUAAAGUGAUGCAUGUUGGCAGGGUGGAAUCUCAAUUUCACACAUAUGCUCAUGGGGCCUAAACUGGUGGUCACUUAGAAGGAACAAGACCUUGGGGUCAUAGUGGCUAGCCUGAUAAAGUUGCAGACCCAGUGUGCAUCAGCUGUGAAGAAUGCAGCUUCCAUGGUAGGGAUCAUCAGGAAAGAAAUGGAAAAUCAAACUGCCAGUAUCGUAAUCUGUGGUAAAACUGCAUUUGGAAUGCUGUGUACAGUUCUUGUCACCUCACUUUGGAAAAGAUACUGUAGAGUUGGAAAAAUCACAGAAACAGGUGGUUGUAGGUUAAAUCCUCGUAUGGGAGAGCUGCAUAUGCCUGCAUUGCAGGGGGUUGGACUAGAUGAUACUCAGGGUCUCUUCCAACUCUACAAUUCUACAAUUAUUGUUCCCUGAGCCACUGAAAAGCAUUUCAAGAGGGUUGGGAGACCCUUUGUAUUGGGAUGGGAUGUGUCACAGUGGAUUUAUAAAGCUGCAAGGGAGAAUCAAGAAACAUCAUACACAUUUUAUUAUACUGCUUGGGUAAACCUGGAACGUAGGGCAAUUAAUUCAUUCUGAAAUAAAAUAAGUACACACAUGCCGAUAAAAGCGGAAGUGCCUUUCACAUGUGCAGUGGCACCUUUGGAUUCCUGUCUGUGUGAACGGAUGCGGGGGCAACAAGAACAUUGUAAUAAUACUCCUUUGAAGGUGGCUCAAAGAAAAUAAUUCAGAAGGAAUGAUUUCAAGUAGUGACUAGAAAAAAAUUGAGCCAUUCAGUAAAGUUAUUUGCAUGAGAAAAGGCACUGUCAGCACUUUCUAAUGUAUUUGAAUACAGAUUGUCAAGCAACCAGUUCUAUAUUUUAUAAAACCUUAUUUUUAGUUCUAUUAUUUCUCAGUGGGAAAAUUCCAUGCUUUGAUAAUGUUAUUGGACUUUGAAGAAUAAAUAUAGUCUGAAGAGAAAAAUUAGAUGGCACUUAUUAAACUGUCUAACUAGCAAUCCUGUGUCGUUCGUCUGUUGCAUGAUAAAUGUCUUGUGUUACCUAUCUUCUAUGUUUAAUCAGGCAAAUAGCUUGUUUCGGCAGGGGAAGAAAAUCUACCUUUUAAUAACUGCUAAGUCAAGUCAAAGAGUCUGCAGAUUUUCCACACAAUUCUUUACUGAGAUUACAGGAUAGCAGAGUUUUUAUGUAUAGUUAACAAGACUGAUGCUCUGUUAACAAACAAGAAAUUUUUGGGAGACCUCCCAAAAGAGAGAGAUGGCAAACUCUUUCUCACCUCUUCCCAAAGUUAUUCAGAUUUGUUUUGAGUGCUGCUGGUUGCACCAGAAUGUGCUAAAAAGCUUGUUGUCAUCUGUGAACAAUCAGGAUACAAGUUAACCAGAAAGAGGAAAACCUAUAGUCGCUUAGGGGGGAAAUGCGGUUUUAGCCAGCAAAGCUUUGACCCAUCCUUCUAGCUAUGGUCUCCAGCCAGUUUUGCCCCAGGGUAGCUGCCCAUGAACUACUAUGCAGUUGUGCUUGUUGUAGGUAGAAAGAUAUCCGUCACCAUUUCUUUGAAUGCUACAAAAAGUGCACUGUGCUAACAUUAAUUUGAUCUAAUAGCUUCAAAUAUGUGAUUGUCAAUGAAUGAAGGAUUUGUAAUUUACAGCUUACAGAAGUAGCAAGAUGCAAUAUAAAAGCGAUAUACAAAAAGAACAGGCACCAACAAAGACCAGCGAUAAAACAUUUUAAAAAUAACCACUGUAAGAGGCACCAUGAACUAUAAUAAAAACAAAAGGCAGAAUAAAAACAAAGUAAAAACACAAAGAGGGAGAUCAUAAAUAAUUAUGGCUGGCAAGCAUUAACAUCUAUCUGCUGGAGACCAAUGUUAUCCUAAACAGGAAGGUUUUAAUGCUAAGUCAGAAGGCCAGCAAGGAGGGACAAGAUGAGCCCUCCCCAGUGAAGAAGGUCCACAUUCUGGGCCCAGCAACAGUGAAGAGAGACAUGACUGGGUGUAUUGUGGUCUGGAUUGCAGUGCUAGUUGCAGUCACUACUAUUGUGUGCUCUAAAUAAUAGGUAGAAAAUUGCAAUUACGUAUAUUCUUUAACCCUGCUGGUUAAAGGCAGGUUCACUGAAGUGGGUGGUGCUUCCAAGCUAUGCAGAAAGGAUAGCUCAUCACCAAGGCUGAGUUAGUAAUAGCUCCAGACUUCAACUUAGAUGGAACCUUUUAGGUUCAUGCUCCACAAAAAGCCAGACAAACGAUCAAAUUUGAACGGUCAGAAUAAAGUACCCAAAUUUCUGUCAAGUCUUUGUGACUUUCCAGAAUGCAAAGGCGUGCAAAAUCGAGUCAGUUAAUGAACGUUUGUAUCUGUGAAGAUGGCUUUGUGCUACGUGAGAAAGGAUUAUCCUAGCAUAAAUUGCUUGCCCCGCUCUGUGAAAAAUACUACAUUUUUCCAGGACUGGAGAUUAUAUUUUUGUCAUUUUACGCAGAGCAGGACAAGUAAAGUGAAGCUUUGUGAUAUAUUAAUAAGGAACUCUGUGUGUGUGUGUGUGUGUGUGUGUGUGUGUGUGUGUGUGUACUGUAAUGGAAUAAUGAUGUCCUGAGUAUUAUACCUGCCCUGCAUGCCACUGUAUAACCUGCUGUUCUGUUGGUACAAUCUAGUUGGUGACAGAGCUUGGGACCUGGAGAAGUAGAGAACAAGUCAAUCAAACAAUACAAGACCAUGCAUAUUAAAACAGACUUGGUGCCCUGAUGUGAAGCUGCUUGAUGGAGCAGCGCAGUGUCAACCAUGUCUUUCUUCUAAUGCUAAAAGUAAUGUACAUAGACAGAGUGACAAUCAGAGUACAGCCUCCCAUCAGCUGUAAUUAAUCUUUUCGUUAACAGAAAGACUAGAAAGCCUCUCAUCAGCCACUUCUGAAGUCGGAGAGACCCUGCUUUUUGAUGUUUGUAUUCUGAGUAAAAUUGUCCCCACCAGUUCUAACAAAUUGAAACACCAGGCUAAUUAUGGCAGCUAAUGAAGUGUGUGGAAUGGUCACAGCUUGUCGUGAAACUGUUCCUUCAGCUCAGAUUAGAGUUUCAUCAAUCACUUUUUUAAACUGAUCCAGAAUUGCUUCUGCCCGGUGCUUGGCAUUUUUAAUGCUGUUUCUGUAAUUGGUUUUUUCCCCAAAGCUUAGGCUGUUUUUUGAAAUAUUACAUUCUUAAGAUAGAACACGCAAAUGCAGACUCCAGUCUGUGUGGAUAUGUGUGUUUGUGUGUGUGUGUGCGUGUUCAUUAUUGCCUCUAUCAGCUGAUCAAGUGGUAAGAAGCUAAUAAAAGGAGCACAACUGUAAAAUUUGAUAUACUGCUUUUAAUCCCGCUAAAGGUAGCAAUAAAGCAUAUACACAUAUAUGGAUAUGAAUCGUUAUUACUGGGGUUUGAUGUAUACUGGCAUAAUCACAUGAGAUACAGUGUGUGCGGAUGGAUGUCUUAAAUCUCACCAGAGGUUUUAAAUUAAAUGAAUGAUUCGGAUUGCAUUCCUCUGUAUAUCAUUCAGCAAAAUUGGGUGUAAUUUGUUGUUUCUGCAAAUGUCAAACCUCCUGGCAAUGGAAGUUCAAAAUAUAUUAGUAGCCCAAGAAUAGAAACAUUUCAGCUUGAAUCCCAAGCCCUUGGGAUCACGUUGGGAAUUUUCACGGUGCCUCUAAUUUCCUUAAGGUAGAAAGGUGCACAAUUGUUAAAAUCCCAAGUUCUUGCUAAUUUACAGUCUCUACUGGUAUUCUGCUAUAUGAUGAUUCUUUAGAAGUUCUGCAUGAGUAUUGACAAAUACACUGUCAAAUUCAUUCCUUCAAAGUAUUACUUAAAUAACACAGGGCUGAAACUAAAUAUAUUUCCCUCAUUUCUCUGCUUGUUACUUUACAUGUCAAGAACUAUCUCCUGUUUCAUGGAUUUCAGGAUGUGUUAGCACAUUUGCAGUAUUUUGAUCCUGUUAUUCUAAAUUCCACUUCCCCCCUCCUCCUUUGCCCUUAUUUUCCCAUGCCCUUAUUUUCCUGUUCGCUGUGGUACCCCCUUGAUUUUGUCAAUGAUUAUACUGCAUUGGUGACAUCACAGAGAGCUUCGUGGGAUUCAACUAACAAUUUGAACUAAUAACAAAGUGUAUUGCUUGUUAUACACCCUUUGUUUAGUUCUGCUAGUUGUAUGAUAGUGGAAUGUGUAUGAUUGAAGGAUUUAAAAAUACCUGCAUAUUUAUAUUGCAUUUCUUCACUUUUGAGGAAAUAGUUUAAAUGAAAUAUAUUUUAUUUGUGCACAGAAUAUAUUAAGCAUAAUCCCACUUCAGGUAGACUUGUUUUUUCAUAAAAAUAUUUAUUAGUCAUUUGCAAAUGUUCAUAUUUGACAAAUGACAUUUAUUAAUCGUGAAUGGAUGAAGAUGAAGCUUUUGACCAUCUACUCCCUUUAUAAGGAAUACUUUUGGAAAUUGCCCUGGACUAAACUAAGGCUUGAAUUACAAUAGCCAAUAAGUUCCAAAUACCAAUCCAACAAUUUCAUCUGCACGUUUGCUUUUUAGCUCUGAUUCAGUAAAGUUCAAGGGUAUCCAAGUAUGAAAUAGCUUGUGAGGAAAUUCACAUCACUGUCUUAAUUUAAUUUAGCUGUAAUAAAGACCGCAUUAGUUCCAAAAAUAGAAUAUUAUCUUUGGCAAUUUUGGUUCAAAUAUAGAUAUUAGAUAUGUCCAAAACAAAAUAAGGCAGCUAGUGCCAUUUCCUCUGGUGUAUGAUAUAAGAGAAAUGGGCGAAAUGCAAUGUUUUGAAACUUACGGCCACAUUUUCACGGAAAUGUAUACCCCACCCCAUUUUACAGGCUCUUGGAAAGUAACACUAAAUAUAAAAGAGAAUGUGAAAACAUAUUAUAAUAUCCUACCAACGCAAAACAAAAUUCAUUCAGACAUCUCUUCAUCCACUAUAACCUUAACUCUUGCCCUGCCAAAUCUAACAUAAAUAUGUAGGCUUGUUCUUAGGUUGUGGAAGACAGGAGUGCCUGGCAUGCUCUGGUCCAUGGGGUCACAAAGAGUUGGACACGACUAAACAACAACAACAACAACGUGCUUAGGUUAGGAUGGAAGAAUCACUAAGGAAGAGGUGUUGUAUAAUUAUGACCAGUGCUUUUUUUCUAGGGGUACUCUCAUUUUCCUACUCAUAUUGAAAUACUGCCCCUCGAUGAAGCUAAACUUAGAUUCACAAAAUGUUUAGGGGUAUGUGUACCCCUGCAUCCCCCCAGAAAAAAAGCACUGACUGUGACCAAGAAUGGCUCUCUCUACAUCCUUGGCAGCUGAUUCAAAAAUAGAUUUCAUGGUUUAGGAAGUGCCCUGGGUUGAUCACAUAAUGGGGAGGGGUGGCUGUUUCUAAGGUACGUUGGACCUAUGCAAAUUAGAAGAUGGAUACAUAGGGAUAUUGGUCCAUUAUUCAGAUAAGACAGUUCACACAUAUAGCCAUCAGUCAGAGUUGGGUAACCAAGCAGUGAUAAAUCAAGUGAUGCAUGUGUGAACCAGCUCUAUAUUUACUGUGUUGGACACUUUCCACUAUUACUGAAUAAACCUGAGUGCAAUCUAUCUUACUCUUUUUUAAUCAAGCAACUGUAUGAUAUAAAAAAUUGGCAAUGCCAGAAAUUGCUCCAGAAUUUUUUGGGGAGGAGCAGCGUAGAUUUGGGUUGCAGUCCCAUACACACUUGCAUAGGAAUACAUCCCAUUGAAUUCAGUAGGGCUUUACUUUUGAAUGCUUUACCUUGCGCAUCACAAUCUUCCCAAACAGUAACAAGUCGAUAUUUCAUAUUGUGCAGCAGCUGUGAAAAGGUAAAUUUCACACUAGAGAUAAUUAGGAAAGGAAUUGAAGAUAAAACUGCCAAAUAUACAAAUCUGAGGUGGUGGUGCAGUUGGAGUAAUAUGUAUAGUUCUGGUUGCCUCACCUCCAAAAAUAUGUUUUACAGUUGGAAAUGUAACCACAUUGAUCAAGGGGGUGGAGCAACUAUGGAGGAAAGGCCAUAGCUUAAAAAGCCUAUAACAUUUAGGCCUUUUAAGCUUAAUUAAGGAAAAGGCAAGUAAGAAGCAAUAAAAUUAUGCAUGGGGUUGAGGAAGUGGGUAGGGGAAAGUUUUUCUCCCUUUCUCCCAACACUGGAAUUCUUGGACAUCCAGCGAAGCUGAAUGCUGGAAGACUCAGGACAGACAAAAGAAAGCACUUAUUGUUAAACUAUGGAAUUCGCUGCUUCCAAAAGUAGUGAUGGCCACCAACUAGGGUGGCUUUAAAAGAGGAUUAGACAAAUUCAUGGAUAAGACUAUCAUGGAUUAUUAACUAUGGUGAGCAUCUUCUGUCUCCACUCUUUGGGGUGCACACUUCUGAAUAACAGUUGCUGGAAACCACAGCAGGAGAGAGUACUGCCAUGCUAAGCUCCUGCUUGCAUGCUUCCCAUAGGCAUCUGGUUGGCCGCUGUGAGAAUAGGAAGUUGGACUGGAUGGGCAUUGAUCCAGCAGAAGGCUCUUAGAUUAUUAAUCUUGAGUGUGUGUGUGUGUGUGUGUGUGUGUGUGUAGAAGCAAGCCUCCAGGAUUCCACUUGGAGUUAUGCCCCAAAAUGACUGUUAUAUGGUAGAAGUGGACUUUUCCCCGUUAGUUUCCAGACUUGUCACAAAUCCAUGAUGGAGAAAGCUGCAAGGUUUGACUGUUCUGCGUGUUGAGCCUCUCUGAUAUCAUGUACCGUAUUUUUCGCUCUAUAACACGCACCCGACCAUAACACGCAUGUAGUUUUUAGAGGAGGAAAAUCCGUAGGCAUGCCACCCAUAGGCAUUCCCUCCAUAACACGCACAGACAUUUUCCCUUACUUUUUAGGAGGAAAAAAGUGAGUGUUAUGGUGCAAAAAAUACGGUAAUAAAUAACACGCUGCUUGCUUUUAUUUGACUCACCUGGGAUUUGUUCUCUGCUCUACUGUUCUGUACUUCACAACCUCUAACCCCCAGUGGACCUCCUAUUGACAGCCUGUUUCAAGCUGUCCCAGUUGUGUGCAGGUGUGUACUAUAGUGCUAGUGUUGGAUUAUGACCUGGGAGGCCAGGGUUUGAAUCCCCACUCAGCCAUGAAGCUUACUGACCUUGGGUCAGUCACCAUCCCUUAGCCUGCCCUACCUCACAGGGUUGUUGUGAGGAUGACAUUUGCGGGAGGAGAACCACCUUGAGCUCCUUGGAAGAAAAGGGAGGCAUAUAAAUGUAGUGAUAAAUGAAUGCUUCCUUUUAAAGAGGACAGAAAGUGGUGGCUCUUUAAAAGGGAGGAAUUAAGCCCAUCAUGGCUGCUAUUUUGAUUGUUCCACCUCUGCCGUGCUUGUUGUGGCAGCUUCUGGUUCAUAUAUGUAUGGCAGGCAAUUAUUUGGAUGUGCUUCUCCUUACCUCCCUGGUCAUCCUGUGAGCAUCAGAAGCAAGUGCCAUCAGAACUAGUACUUGUAAAAGCUGCAACAACAGUUAUCCUGGGGAGAAUUUUAUGCCAACAUCGCUCUAUUUUAAAAUAUGGAUCUCAUCCCCUUCUGCAUUGCAAGUGUGCAUAUGACCAAUGCAGCAGAGGAUGGUUUUCAUUUGCAUUGUGUGGGUUUGAUGUGUAUCUGAAGCCGAACCAACCCCUUCUCCCAAAAAUGCUUGUGGAGGUAAGCUCCAAGGUAAGCUUUACUGUUUCUCUUUGGGACAUCUCAAGGGACAGACUAACAAUGCUCUAAGAGUCUUAAUUUGGGCCACUUGUAAAGAGACAAUCAGAUAAGUAAUUAUUCAAACUCAGAAGCAGUAAUUACAAGUCUUUUAUAAUUUCUCACAAGACUGUUUGAUUCUAGUGCCUCGAUUUACAACACUGAGAGAAGUAUGUAUAAUAUACUAUUUCUUAAGAGGCUUGGUCAAAAUUUAAGUAAAAUUAUAAUGAAAUGUUUGUUGCAUAUAUUAAGCUGCAAUUAAUAUGUUUUCUGCCUCUGUCUGAAAGAUAAGAUAUUAAAAUAAUGUUGUUAGCAGGCUUCCCACUGUGCGAAUAAUUUCCUGAUAUUUGUACAGCAUAUUAUCAUAUGCUCUCUGUCAAUAACCAAAUAGACUAUCAAACAGAGAAAAUAGUAUGAUGAAAGUAUCAUGCAGAAGGACAUAACAUUGUUUCAUGAUGACUAGCCAGUAUCAUUUUGUAUUUUAAAAAUGAAUGAUAAGUUGAUUCAAAGCAUACUUAUAAAGUCAUUAAAGCAAGUUGAAAAUUGCCCUCCAUUUUAGUCAGCUAGCCUUUUUAAGUCAGAGGGUUUGUUUUUUUAAAUCAGCUUUGCUUGCAUUUUAAGGAGGCAAUUAGCCAUUGGGUUUGACAUAUUGGCCUGGUUACCAUGUAAUGCUAAGUCAAACCAUGGCCAAGUAUGGACACACACAAUAAAAUCACAGGAGCUUCACUGUUCUUUAGAUCUUGCUGCUGCCGUCCUACCUAGAGUUAAGCCAUGGCUUGGCUUAAUGCCACAUCUGAACACAUGCUCAUAGUUUGCCCUGCUACAUCAUAAACUGCAGCCACAGUUUCUUUUUGUUUUACAGUUCACUUAGCCAUGGUUUAUUUCAUAUGGUUUGGCAUAGCGUCAUGUACAGACUAUUCAGAGGCAACCCUCAAGUUCAAAUGAAAUACAUUAAAUCCCUAUGCAGAAAAAACUUUUCCCAAGAUUUCAUUUAGCUAAGGUACUCAUGUGCAAAUGAAUUGGUAAACUAUGUUAUAACUAUGUGAGUGUUUGUUAUAACUGGACAAGACAUUGGUAACUAGUGGGUGUUUUCAUUCAUGAAUCUAUGUUCUAUUUGGCAGUUUGCAGAAUGAUAAGAACAAUCCUUUCUUUGGCUGGUUGGUUGGUAAGGACUUCACUUGGUGAUUUCUACUAGAGCCAGUGUGGUGUAGUGGUUAAGAGCGGUGGACUCGUAAACUGGUGAACCGGGUUUGCUUCCCUGCUCCUCCACAUGCAGCUGCUGGGUGACCUUGGGCCAGUCACACUUCUCUGAAGUCUCUUAGCCCCACUCACCUCACAGAGUGUUUGUUGUGGGGGAGGAAGGGAAAGGAGAAUGUUAGCUGCUUUGAGACUCCUUCGGGUAGUGAUAAAUCCAUACUCUCUUAAUAACAAUGGGAGGCCUUUUACCACCUCCAAAUACUUAGGUUACACAGAUUCCCAUCUAUAAAGCAAUUACAGUGGUGCCUCGCAAGACGAAAUUAAUUCGUUCCGCGAGUUUUUUCGUCUUGCGAUUUUUUUCGUCUUGUGAAGCACGGUGUCGGGAAAGUUUUGGAAAAGCUUCAAAAAUCACCAAAGUCUUCAAAAACCUCAAAAAAGGGGGGUGCUUGGGAGGGAGGGAGAGGCGGGCGCGGGGCGUGGGGGGAGGCGGGGCGGAGGUUGCUGCCUGAGCCCCCGGGAUCGGUUCGGCUCGCCUUGCUCCGACCCUUUGCACUACAGUCGGUGCCGUCUUGCUGCUGCUGCUGCUGUCGCCGCGGUAGUCAAAACUCCUACCGGCCUAAAAGUUGUCUGCUGCAAAAUCCCUUCUGCAGCAGCAGCCCGAAAGAAAGCGAGAGUGCCAGCCAGCCAGCCGCCCGCCGCGGACAGGAGGGAGGGAGGGAGCGUCAGCGACGGUGGAUACCUAUUGCCCCUGUUGCUGCUGCAGCCGGCCAGCCAGCCAGAAGCGCGCGAACGCAGAGGGGUGCAUCCAGCCCGUUGGAGAGGAGCGCGGGGGCGCGUCCCCGGUGGCUCCCGAGCUGACCUUGCCUGGCCCGGCGCCUUCCGCGCUGCCAAAGGGCGACUCACCUGCUGCCUGCGCUGCGCCGGGACUAACUCGAGCAGGGCGAGAACACACACUCGUGUGCACACACACCGAGAGGCAAACUUGCCGCAGCCGUCGACGUCGCGGGGUUGGAAAGCGCGGAGAUGCAGGUAGGGGGCGCCCCUCGCAGGGCGAGCGCCGGAGGGCCUGGGCAGGCGCUCUUGUCACCGCCGGGGCGCUGGGGAGGGGAGAAGGAAGGAGCCCCGUCCGAAGAGCCCCGGAGCCUGGCCUCCCUAACUGGGAGUUGUGGGGAGGGAAGUGUGCGCGCCUUGCUAUUUUUCGCCGAAACAAAACUCCCUCUCCCUCAGAACCCGCCUUUACGCGUUCUUGCCCCUACGGAGACGCACACCGCGUGCUGUGAGUUGCUCCUCGAAGUCAAGUCGCAACUGUAUUAACGGUUUUAAGAAAAAGGAAACAAACUUGCAAGACGUUUCCGUCUUGCGAAGCAAGCCCAUAGGGAAAAUCGUCUUGCGAAGCAACUCAAAAACGGAAAACCCUUUCGUCUUGCGAGUUUUCCGUCUUGCGAGGCAUUCGUCUUGCGAGGUACCACUGUAAGUUGAACUACUUGAAUUAAAAUAGUGUAUUCUCAUUGACUUCAGUGAGGCUAAAAUAAAUCUCAGUCUUGCUAAAAAUCACUAAAUCACUAAAAUCACUGUCCAAUAUAAGGAAAUCCUUAUCCAAACAUUCUAAAUAUAUGGAGUAAAGGUCAAAGCAGCAAGGAAGUGGUAUAUUUCCAAGAUAGCAUGUUAAGAAAUCUCCCCCCUCCCCCCAAAAAGAUCAUGGAAUUAGUAAUUCGUGUUAACAAAUGCAAAGUGGUUAAAGUGCCCCUAGGUAGUUGAAAUCUCAGGGGUCCUCUUGCAAAUUAUCCCCUAAUACGUUUUUUAUUUUAGUGGGAUAACAUUGAACUAAGAAAACUUGAUUGUAAUUUUCUUUUAAGAUCAAAUCAAUAUUACUUUUAUAUUUUAUUGUGGGGCCCCUAAAAGGCUUCAGGCUCAUAGGCCUGUGCCUAUUCUGCCUAUUUGGUAAUCUGGCACUUGAGUGGUUGUGUCUCAUAUGGUAUCAGAUACUGUUACCUCAAUCCACAUGCCCAUUUGUUCUCAGGUGUGCACAUAGAUAUUUUGCUCACAUAUGAAAGAGGAAAUUAAUUCCUUUAUGUGUGCAGAUCACAGUUGCUUCAAUGAGGGAGCAUUUGCAAGCAGAGAGUUUUUCAGCUCGCAUCAGAGUUUAUAUGGCUGUAAGUAAAUGUGAAUCUAACUAUAGUCUUCAUAAAAACAAGGCUAUGUUUCAGGGAACAAAAUGCAUCAUGAAAAUUCCAAGCAAAGUGGCUGGCAGGAUUGUAGUGCAACAUUGCAGAUGGUUUACCUGUGAUUUGUGGGUGUUUGUUGACACAAAACCCACAAUGGACAGUGUUUGCCUGCUCUGUAAAAAAUAAACACCCAACAUUCUGGAUUAUUAUUUUAAUAGGGUUAUACAUAAGAAUUAGAUUCCUUUGGCCACAGGAAGUAAUUGUUAGUCAUGAUUAAUAUCCCAUCUAAUCUCUCUCAAUAGUUUUUGUGAGCAAUGCUACUUAAGGUGUCUAAAUGUACUAGUGGGAAUUGAAAAUUAUAGUGUAGGCCUCUUUCACUAGCUGAAAUAUUUUAAACCUUAUUUCACUGAGGCCAGGAGUGGUGUCAAUGUACUUUGUGUGAAAAGUGCAAUAGAAGCAUUAGUAUUUGACAGCCCUUGUUGAAAUAAGUGAAAUUAAUGGAGCUCUUUUCAUAUACGACAAGGCCAUGGCACCCCUUUCAUGCUGCUUACAGACAGAGAAAAGUCAAUACUUUUUUAUUACUUGACGCUGACCUACAUUCUGCACUACAAGUGCCAGGCCCACUAAUUGGUUUCAGUUGUGAGGAAAGUUUGCCCCAAAGAAACAUUGGAGCAGAUAAAUCAAUCUUUUUAGGGUAGCUUAGUGGUUUUGAGCACUUGAAAUGACAUUUGUGUUGUAUUGACAGAAGGGGCUGUUAUACUCAUUUUGUCAUGUCAGAAGCCCUUGUACUAGUUGGAAGUGUUAACCAGUACUAAUAUAUUUAGGCGGGAAGCCCCUCUUUGCUAGAUCAACAUUUUGCCCUAAUAGCAGAUUGCCGUGUUUGCUUCUCUCCCUCUCUCUGUUAAAUAGCACUGCAUGGCCAUUAAAAGGUCACAGAAUGUCUUGCGGCUUCUCAGUUCAAAGCUCUAAUUUUGCCAUUACAGGCAUUAGGAUUGCAGGGAAAACUUGGGCGAGGACCCCUAGAGUUAAAUGGAGGGAGCCAUAUUUGUACCAUUGAUUUGUAAACAGAACUUCCUACUGUGUCUUUCUCAAAUAUCUGUGCCAUGAAGUGCUCCCGGGUGGUUUAUUCAAAAUAAAAACGUCGUUAGGAUAGCAAAGGAUCGUCUCUUAAAAGAAUACAUAUCUUCCUAUUAGCAUCUAAGAAUAUGGCAGGCGAGUGGAAAACAAAGUCUACAAAUUGCAUGGUUUUAAAUAACAGUGUCCCAAUGAUAAAUGUAGAAAUGAUCUAUAAUUAUUUCACGGAUAAAAUAAGGAUUGUACGAACUUUGAUUUGAAGUGACAUGCAUCAUUCCCCCACCCCCCGCAAGCUUGAAGGUUUGUUAUUUUAGACUUACAGAAUUUAACCUCCUUUCACCGGGUCUGUAAGACAAAGCUAAUUCAGCCAGCUAGCCCUGGUGACUAUCUAAUGUUUAUUGGAUGGAUUUCCCCCAAAUUGAUUUUUGAACUUUGAAUUUUAUUGUUAUUCAUGCUUUUAUACUGUAUUUUUUGCUGCUUCUAUGUUGUAUUACAAUUAAAUGUUUUAAAUUUGUUGUUAGCCACCCUGAGCCCGGUUUUCUGAAGUGGGAAGGGCGGGGUAAAAAUUUAUUAUUAUUAUUAUUUAUUAAAACUGAGAAUCCUGUCUAAGGCUGGAUCUAGACACGUCAAAGAAGUGUUUCAUUUUAAAUAGUAAAUUUAAACCGGGAAAACAGGUAAGAGAAAAACAGGACUCCACAUCGCCAUCUGGUGGCAUAAUGUUAUAUCACACAUACAACACAUAUAAAUCGCUUUUUCUUUACCAGUCUACUAUCUUGCUGGGUUAGCGAGAAAGCUUGCUACUGUUCCUCACUAAAAGGAGUAUGACAAGGUGACAUUAUGACAAAAUUCAUCACUCGGAAACUAGUCUGUACAAUUUAUGCAAACUCUCCUUAAUCACUUUAUAAAAUCAUUAUUUAUCUCACAAGAUUUAUAUACCGCUUGAUUGUAAUAAAACCCCAAAGCACUUUACAAAACUAACAUAAAGGUACUAAAUAACUAUAUAUUGUUACAAGUGGCCCUUUAGUUAGGAGGUAUUGCCUUCUAUCUAAUGUUUUGCUUCUUUUUUCUCUUGAAGUAUAUGGCACUUACAUUAUUAUGCUGUUUCUCACAAUGAUACAUGAAUUGAUUGUAACUGACUGGUUUUUCUUUAAAUAGAUUGCUAAGCCUGUUCCCACACAAAUAUGACAUAUUUUUUUAAAAAAAAUAUGUUAAAUGUCUUCAGUUCAUGUAUAUGCAGCUUUUGUGUGUAUAAAUCACCUGUUCAUUGAAUAUGUGUACCAUUUGCUAAAUUUUGACACAAAUGUAAUGAAAUAAUGCAUGUACAAAAGUUCAUUUUUCAAAAACAUGGGUCCUGCUGUUAAACCCAUCUAUGCAUGCAUCCACUCAAUUGCAAACCUCAGAUAUUAUUGAAAUAGAUAUUAUAUAUUGAAGUCCCUAAUUUAAAUCAAGAUAUAGGCACAUGCCUGUAUAGGCCCUGGUUCAGAAAUGCUACAUACACAUGGCUGUACUGGCUGAUAACUGGUGCCCAAUGAUCAACCUUUUGCAAAGGUAAUGACAAGACAUAUUGCUUAAUCUAUAGGUUAUAUAUGCAUUUUCCAGAUUGCUGGAUACAACUGGUCUCUCGUGCGAUAGGCUAUUCAGCUGGGGCUAUGCACAUAUAUAGCCUUAAAUCUUAAUUGCACUGAUCAUCUUCUUUAACAGGAAGACAGGAGAGCGGUUUGGGAGGUGCUAAAUCCAGCCUCCGCCUAUUCCAAACAGUGAGUGAGUGUGACUAUUGGCAUCCAUCUGUCUCAAGAGACAUGGAAAAGUGCAUCAUUGGGGAUAAGGUCAAACUGUUGGAGAGUUACAGCAGUGUCAAUGGAAAGGUUGCUGGUAAUGGUGGAGCCCAGGUAGACAAAAUUGUCUACCUGGUCACCAGUGCUGAUAUAUGGAGUGCUGGCGACUCCUGACCCAAGAUGUUGGUAUUUGCCAGGCUGAUGGUGAGGCUGAACACACAGGCUUGGGCAGAAUGGUUGAUGGGUCACUAUAGAGCUUCCUUGGAGUGUGCUGCCAAGGCUGCAUCAUCUGCAAACAACAUCUUGCAGAUAAAAAAACCAUCACAUUUUUGUCUUGGCAUGGAGACGUGCUAGGUUGAAUAGACCACUGUCAUUCCUUGAAUGAAUAUACACACACUGUCUUUCGUCAAGCUGAAGGCAUAUGAGAGCAACAGGGAGGAGAAUAUGCAAAAAAGAGAGUUUGGGGGGGAGAAGAGCUUGCUUAAAAAGCAAGUGAAUUUUCGCUGCUGGAUCAGGCGGGAGAACUGUUAAUGCAGCACUUGUUUGAAUUCAUGAUUCCCCAUUCAGAAUUGGAAUAUUCAAUCAUAAACCUGCCUUCAUGAAUUGAGGUCACCUACCUGGAUUGGAGCAUCAGAUUGUAUUUGUUGGAUUGGGGCAAUAGUCUAUAAACUGUUGUUCCCUGUCAUCAUUUUCUUUGCUGCAUUCUUUUGAAUUGUGUGUAUGGGAUAAUUAGCCGACAUGGCAGUCAAAUUGUCAAUACAUUGAAAAGGUCCCUAGGUCUAGUUAAAUCUUGUCAGUAUAACUGUAGUAGACUAUAAUCCCUUGGAAGAUAAUGGGAUCAGAAAAUGAAAAUGCUUAAAAAAAGGAUUCAGAAUUUUAUCAUUCAGCUUUGGGUUUCUUUGGGCAUGUUUAUCCAGGCUGUAAUUUAUUAGGCCUUCUAUUAUAGCAAUAUUUUAAAUAGCACAGGCAAGUGCAUUCCUGGAUAUAAUACGGGUACACCACAGUAUAAGGAGGAAACUUUCUCUCAUCGUCUCUUGCUGUUAGGCUUACCUCAAGGAAAAGCUUGAGAGUCCAAGGAUGUGGGGAAUCCUGAACGCUUUUGCACAGUCUGGCGAGACUUUAUCUCAUAUGCUACUGAUUCAGAAAUACCAAAUUCCUUGUCACCCCAUGUUUAGAAAUAUGGUUGUUUUGGGGGCGGGAAAUGAUAUGAUGAAUGUUUUGCAAUAAUGUGACAUUUUGAAAUAGCUGCACUGUUUUUUUCUUUUGAUGAUUUUCCGUUUAUGUACUUUCUAAUUUUUUUCCAAUAAAUUUGAAACUGAAAAAAAGAAAAGAAAAAGGUUAGAGCUUUAGACUAGUGGAUGACUUUUUUUUCUGGGAUAAAUCAAGAAAGGUACGCAGAGUGACUUUAUUGUCAGAUUGCAUUGUAUGCCCCAGAGUUUUACAUUUCAUUUCCACAGAGAAUGCUGCAGAUACUUACUAACCAUGGGAAAAUAGUAUGGUGGGUUCAUGUCAUGUUACAAACUAUGCAUGUCAUUUAAUUAAUAUCGCCAACUGAAAUAUUAAGUGGGCCUAGGGCUGAGUAUUCUGUUGUGAAAGCUAUUAUUGCCGACAUUGCUAGCGCUAUUGGCACUGACUCUUCCUUAGGGCUUGCCCAAAAUAGUUUGCUUCUUGAGGCAGAGAAUAAAUGGUGCACCUUCCCAAGCCAAAGUGCAUAGUAUCCAAAGCUGAUCAAGUUAUUUUGGCAUACGAGGCAGAAAAGUCUAAAAGCACCUCUCCCCCUUCAUGGCAGUAAAAAUCAUAAUAAAAUAAUACAAAUUUACUUUCCUUUCAUGACACCUAAAAUCAUAGAAUUGUAGAGUUGGUAAUCUAGUCCAGUGGUAGAAGAGGCCACCUCACUCAGCCCUAGAUGUGAAGAGCCAACCACUGACUCUGCUGGCUAGGGUUGAUGAAAACUGGAGUCUAACCACAUCUAGACCAAUGUUUUCCAAACUUGGGUCUCCAGCUGUUUUUGGACAACAGUUCCCAUCAUCCCUGACCACUAGUGCUGCUAGCUUGGGAUGAUGGGAGUUGUAGUCCAAAAACAGCUGGAGACCCAAGUUUGGAAAACCCUGAUUUAGAGGACCACAGGUUUCCCACCCUGCGCUACCUAAUGGUAGGGCCAGCCGUGUUAGAAUUCCUUCUUUUCCUGCUACUGAUCACUAUUGCCACUACAGUUACCAAAAAGAACGAAAGGAACAGAACAGUGUCACCAUUCAGAAGAACAGUAGGAAUAUAUAAUCAGCAACUUCUGUCCCCAUGAUCAGAUCCAGUUGUUUAAAUACUCAGCUGUGAGUGUGUAGCGCAAUAGCCUUUAAACUAGAUAAGCAGUACAGCUGCCAACAUAAAGUAAUCUUACGCUGAGGGAAUGAAUGGCGCAGUGGACUUCCUUUUUGUCAUUUUGACUUGGAUUUGAAGCCGGGCGUGGGCUUAGUUCCAGCUCAAAAAGCCAUUCACUUCAAAGGCACCUAAAUUGUCCCAAGGAGCUAAUUCUGGCAGUCGGUUGUUAUUGUCUGGCAAGUCAUCCUAAUAGCAAAAGCCGUCUGCUCUCUCCAAUCAGUGCUUAUUUUGGGGAUCAGAAAUGACUGGACCUUGUUUUAUGCAGACGAGAGUGGUAGGAGCAGAGGUACACUCUGAGAGGAAUGCUGACAGCUGUUUUCCUGCUCAUAUUUUAUUCUGAUUUCGUAAUAAGUUAAUUAUGAUGGGAUGUUCCUCUCAUACCCUCAAUAGAGCCCAUGAUUCUUAUCAGGAACACAGAGUGGCUGACAAGUGUAGUUUUCAUUGAGUACAUCAUAAAGAGAGAUGUGUAUAUUCUCUGGGUCUGUCACAUUACUGGAAUCUGGCACAACUCCCCUCCCGUCCCCUGAACAUCUGUAUUUUAAAAAAAAGAAGUUUCUAGAUCUCAUGGUAAAGGAAAACUCAUGAUAAAUAUAUUGUAAUGAAUCAGAAGCCAAAGGGUUGCUAGUCUGUUUAUUGAAUGGACAUUGUUCUGCCUCUCCGGCUAUCGCCCACGUAGCCCCUGUCCAUCCCCCGUCACUUGAUAUGCAAAACAGCACAUUAAAUACAAGACAAUCUGGGAGGGUGUGAUAUAACAUGAACAUAGAUAGCCCAUACAGAAUCAGAGCCAAAAUUCAAUAUUCUGCCAGAGGGCAAGAGCCAGAAGUUGUAGUCUGAAGCACUGCCAAGUGUACGGACUGAUUCAAAGCUGGAAUUUUAAUCACAUUUGAGGCGAAAGAGCCAGGAAAGAGUUUUGGUUCCCUCCCUUAAGUGCUCACUGGUGUACUCAGGAAUGUGACAGAUCAUUGGAUCCUGAUUUUUAUUAAGAAAUGUUAAAAAGAGAGAGUAUGUGGAUACUGUAGAUAUUUACAAGAUGUAACUGAAACUAUGUUGUUUGAUAAAUACAGACAAUUAAAGAUUCAAAUUAGAUCAACUGUAAGUAAUUGAUAACACUGAAACUGUUAUGUGACGAGGAACAUUAUUUUGGUUCAUUCUACAUUUUCUCUUCAGUCUGUAAUGUGUAUGUAUCGGACUGUUAUAAUGAGUUGAAUGUGUGUUUCCUUUAAAAAAAAUUGUAUAAUAUAUACAAUCUACAUGUUAAACUAAGAUACUGGAAAAUUCAAAAGUGUGUGUGUAUGAGAGAGAGAGAGAGAGAGAGAGAGAGAGAGAGAGAGAGAGCGCGCUCAGUCGGCGUAGCAUGAGACUCUUAAUCCCAGGGUCAUGGGUUUGAGCCUCACAUUGGGCAAAAGAUUCCUGCUUUCCAGGGGGUUGGACUAGAUGACUCUCAUGUUCCCUUCCAUCUCUGUGAUUCUAUGUUUCUAUGGACAAUUUAUUCAUGCAGUGUUUAUACUGUAGAUCUCUUCAAACUGAAUUGAAGUGAAAAACAAACCAGCCAUGAUAUAAAAUACAAACACACGCCAUAAAAAAAACAACAGAUUAGAUUGCCCAUUUUCUUCCCAUGAACAGGGUGGAAACAGAAUCCUGCCUUCCAGCUCCAUCCACCCGGCAUGCCUAUUCCACCAGAUGUUUACAUGCAGUCACAAUAAGUUUGAAUAGAAUGCCCAUGUGAGAAAUCCAACCUAUGUAGGCUCAAAUUACACAGCCUUUGGGGCUUGUUGGAGUCAAUCAACUGCACUUUUUAGACCUAUGUACGUUUAACUUUUUAUGCACGCAUUCAUGUGAGGAUGUUCAGGUGCAGCCAGUAAGUGGUAUGAGAAAGUGUAGUAUCGUUACACUGUCACGCACUGGGAAAUUAUCAGGGAGAAAGUUCCAUUCAGUCUGGGCUGCAGUCAAUAUAACAUGAAAUGCUCCAAUUUAAUUUUUCCUUUUUGUUUUCUCUAGGACUUCUUAACCGUGCUACCAUCGAUUCCUCUGUUUGCAAAGUUUGGCCAAGCCUAUUCCAGAGCCGGAGCAGUAGUGUAAUUUCUCUACCAACCCAGUCUAUGAAUUUUUAAACACUUGAAAUAAAGGGGGUUUUUUUGUUUUGAAAAUAUGAAGCAAAGCAAUUACUUAUGAUUGCCAUGUACUACCUGCAGACAAUCCUCAUAUACAACCUAGUUUUGGAAUUCUGAAAUAAUGGUUCUAAGCAACCAGCAAGUUACAUCAUGCCACAUUUUUUGUGUGAAGGACAUCCAUAGAGACAGAUCUCCACCUUCAGAAAUUCUUAAUUGUAGGUAUUUCUAGUCCAUUUUCUCUGUUAGCAAGAUUGCAGAUCAAAGUAACUGGUGGAAUAAACUCAACAAUCUGAAGAAUUAGAUCAAUUUACUUACUCAGGUAAGAGAUGUAGCCCUUUUUUCUGCGGGGAAAAUAAAUGAAUAAAAAAUGCUUACUCUGUUAAUAAUGCAUUAUCAUCUCCCUGUGAUUGAAAUGAUCAGUUGAUAAUGUGAUGUAAUACUCAUAUUGGCAAAGCACCAUGAGGUGAAUAUAUAUGCACCCCAGUCCUAAAUAUACUUGCUAGUGAGUAAGUCCCUUUUAAUUUCAUUGAAAAUGUCAGUACUACCAUGGGAAGUAGUCAUGUUGUCCACCUGGCUCCUCACGUGGUUCUCAGUUCCUGGUGCUACUCCGAUAGUCUCUUGCACUUUUUCUCUUUCUCUAUUGCUGAUCCUUGUCCCUUUUUUUAUUACGGGUACAGAGGGCAUUCGGGGUUUAUGUCACCAGUUUAGCGUCAAUAUAGAAUUUUCUUGUUCCCCUGGUCUGCUUCUUAGGUAUUCCUAGUACAUAGAACUGGUAUGAAGAGCCCUCACAGAAGUUGUCCACACACAGGCAAAUUCUUAAAUGCUAGGGUAGACUCAGCCAUAUUAUUUUACAAACUUCCACAGUUAUCAGGCAACAUCAGAUAACAUCAGCUCAGACACAAAGAACAGAGGAAUCAAGCUCUCAGGGGCAGGUGCAACACAUACAUCAUUUUCUAAAUGACAGCAGUACAAAUCAAAUAUGUCAGGCAUUUUUUUCCAAGCAUAUUUGGCUGUCUUUUUGUACUUUUGAGUAGCUGAUCAAAUUCAAACUUUUGAAAGUUUUGUAUUUAUGUCCUGCAACGGGAAACGAAGGUCCUUUAAUUCUGGUAAGUGAGGGACACAACCCGAGCAAGUUAAUUUUGCCAAAUAAAUCGGAGUGCUUUUGUUCUUUGUUCAGGGGGCUGAACAGAAGACACUCGCAAAAAGGUGUUGAUGAAUAAGGGAUGCCAUAGUAAUUUUUAGAUGUGAGGGCUAUCUCUUUGAUUGCUCCAGCUUCAAGGUAGUUCAUCUCUUCAUGAUAAUUCACCCUGUGUUGUUACUUAUCUUUCUACCACAUUUUCCCAUCAGUCCGAUUAGAACUGGCAAUGCCUUUAUCAGAUUAAUCUUUCUUUCUUGGUUUCUUUUAAAUAUCUCUGACCCCAAGAUAAACAUAACCUAUGCCAAGCAAGCCAUCACUGAAGCUGCUGGAGUUUUCAGUUGCUGAUGAUACUCUGCAUAUAUUAAGGUUAAAAAGAGUACUUCCAAUUCACUCUAAUCCACUCACUCAUCUAUUGUGUAGCCUUUAUUCAAUCUCUUUUCUUUUCUUCCUUCCAAACAGGGCAAUUUUAAUAAUCCUUUCCAUGUGCAAAAAUAUGCCUGCGAUUUUUAUGAGACAGACUUAGGAGAUGACUACACUAUACCCAUUUUUCAUUAAUGUAAUUUUGUAGGAAAGAGUGCACUUAAAAGCAAUGGAUAUGGAUGUUAUUUAUUUCAGAAAUUCAUGCCCAUGUCUACCUCCAGGCAUAUCUUACUACAACUACCGCUUUGCAAGUUGAAGGCUGGAAUCCUUCCUCUAACUGCUCGGCUAGGAGUUGUUAAACCACAACUGAGGCAAUUAAAUAGCUUAAAAGAAGAAGAAUGGAAAAGGGCCCUUAGUGUCACUUCCACUUCCUUCUGAUUAAAGAGCAGUAUUGGUUCUUAAAUUGGCAAUUCAGUUAUUUAUUUAAAAUGCUUUUAUUCUUUUAUUCUGGUAUUUGGUCCCCAUCUCACUACUGAUUAUGCUACCAGGAGAACAACAGUGUCUGAAUUUUGGAAACAGGUUCAGGGGAGAAAAAAACAACUUUUCCAAUUUGGUGAUUGUGGAAUAGCUCAGUUUACCCAAAUCAACCAGGGUAGGUUCACCCUAGACCAGUUUUAACUGUGAGCUGGACAAAAUUAUGAUGGACAUUAUAUUAUGACUGACACCUGAGCAAUAGAGGGGCUAGCCAAGUCAUUGUCACAAGUACACAACAUUUUAAAAUGCCAUCAAAAGCAUCUUUGGGGCACCAUGGUAUAAAACAAAACUACUCUUCCUGCCCAUUAUUCAACCUCUACCUUUCAUUAUAAUUAUGGUUUAUGGUGACAACUGAUAUAUGAAUCAAUAUAUGGCACCAUGGCAGUUUCAAGGUCCCAUCGUUUACACAUUUCCUGGUAAUACGAGUCAUGGCAAAAUCGCAUUCAUUGCAGAACAGCCUUCUCUCAUUCUAAGUAAAUCAGAAACUUUGUGACCUUUUGAGUCUUUACCAAGAUGCUGGCAAGGUAAGAAAAUUUGCAUAAUGUGGAUGCCUGCAAGGAUAUAAAAUGUAUUCCAGAACAACUCUCACAAGCUUGAAAAAUCAUUGUUGACACAAUUCGUCCAUCUGAGAAAGUGGACCCUAGUUUGCAAAGGCUUGCCUGGUGGCUUUUAAAUGCUUGGACUACGUUUCCCAUCUGGCUGGGGCUGGUGUGACUUGUAGUCCAAAACACCUGGAGCACUAGACUGGCAAAUGCUGCCUUAUCCCUAAAUAAAUUUGCUAAACUUUAAAGUGCCAUGGGAGUUUUUUAAUGCAUGAAAACUAAAUCAGACAGUGGUCAAUUUUGCCCAGUAUUGUCACUCUGGCAUGAUUGCAGAUAGUAAUAUUUCUAGCCCAGCUACCUGCAGUACUAGGGCUUGAAUCUGAGACCUUCUACACACACACACACACACAAUUUCUGCUUUCUAACCAAAAAUUAUGCCUUAGUGAAGAAUAACAGACCAACCACUGGCACAUUAAAUUUUUGUGGCAUCUUCACUCUGUAUUCACCAGAGUUACAAACUAGUAGCCUAAACCUAGUUUCAUCAAUGGGACAGCACAAGGCAACUUCUCCAACCCAUUCACCGUAGAAAGGGGGAAUUAAAGUGACCGCCCCAAGACAGAAGCUAGUAACUGCAGUGGAAUCACCAAAUACUGUACUUUUCCGUGUAUAAGACUUUUUUUUUUUUUUGCUCUCGUGUUCAAAAUCUGGGCUCGUCUUAUGCACAGAUAGUAUCUCCUCCCGUUUUCUUAAAUUGGAGUCCUCCAAAAUAGAGGGUGUCUUAUACAUGCGGCCAGCUUAUAGACGGAAAAAUAUGGUAUAUGGAUAAAUGGAAGCUGUGGAAGACAAUGUUUGGGCAAUUUAGAAUACCUUGGAGGUCCAAAUGCAUCCUUAUGGGUCACAUAUAUUACUCGAUACCCUGCCUGCUCUGUUUUCCAGUCUGUGGCACAAAAAAGCAAGACUACCACCACAU